AUGAAGCUCCUCAUCAUAAGCCUCAUCAUCCCUCUUGCCGUCAGUUCUACUGCAGAGGAUUUCUCCCUUGUGGAGGGUAUACCAUGUUCAAAAUACCAAGUGGCUUUCAAUAGCUCAUGCUAUGAGUUUGUGAGGCUCCAGCGCACUUUCACAAGUGCCCAGAGCUGGUGUGAGAGAGGAGGGGGCCACCUGGUCUUUAUUGAAAAUGAAGAAACCCAGAUGUUUCUGCAGGAGCACAUCUCUGAGGACAACGAAUGGUGGAUCGGCAUAACCUACAGUUCUUCCUCCAAUGAAACUACUGAAGGUAGGGAAAAAUAGAAUCCCUGUUUUGUGAAAUGUUGAGCAGGGGGGACAUGUUAGUAUAGUGCGGUGCAGGGAUGGGGAACCUGUGGUCCUAAAUAUGUUGUUGGACUAUAACUUCCAUAAUCCCUAACUAUUGGCCAUGCUGGCUGGGACUGAUGGGAUUUGGAGUCUGACAGCAUAUUCAGGGCCAUAGGUGUCUCACUCCCGGUUCAGAGUUUAGAACAGGGGUAGCCAAUCUGGAAUCCUCCAGAUGUUGCUGACUACACUCCCAUGACCCUUGGCCAUUGGCCAUGCUGCAGGGGGUUGGACUAGAUGACCCUUGGGGUCCCUUCCAACUCUAUGAUUUUUAUGAUUUAGAGAGCACCAUGGUUGGCUACACCUUGGUUAGUGUACCAGACCAAGACUGUGGAGACUCUGGUUCCUAUCUCUGUUCAGCCAUGAAGCUUGUUGGGUUGCCUUGGGGCAGCCAGUCACACUCUUUCAGCCUAGCCUUCCUCACAGGUUUGUUCUGAGGAUAAAAUAAGGGCUGAGGAGAUUGUUAUGUUGCUAUCUUGAGAUCCUUGGAAGAAAGGUGGAGUAAAAAUGUAAUAAACAAGCAUGCUGGAUGUCAGUGGAUUAAAUUAUGCUAAGAUUUUUUUCACUGUACUACUGAUGAAAUAUUAGCCAGCUGAGUCCUGGCGACAUAGUCCUAUAUGAGCUGAACCCAUAAGAUAUGCAAAAAUGUGACCACCUCCCACAAUCAAUAUCUAACUAAUGGAAAAUGCAGAAUACUGGAUAUUUCCACUUUCAUCUUAUUUUCUUAAGGUAAGUUUCUGGUUUUAAUGGUUGAAUUUUAAAAUUGAAAAGAAAAGAAAACCCCUCAGAAAAUGCAUAUAACAGUGAAGAUAACAUACAAAAAUGCAUUAUAUUGAGGAAAAUUGCUCGCUAGGAAAAAUGCACUAAAAUGCUGACAAUUUUUUGUGAUUUUUUAAAAAUUGCAAACUCGUGCAGAAAUGUGCUAAACUGAAUUCAGGACUGGAAAAAGGAGCAACUGAAAGAAACAUAAAUUGAUAGGUUCACUCAUCCCAGUUGUUUAAGUAGGAGAGGCAUGUACACUCACGAUGCAGCUUCCUUCCAUGCAGGGUCCAUGGUUUGGCUCGAUACCUCGAAUAUCACCUACAGCAAGUGGCACCAAGAACUGCCUUCCGUUCUCUCAUCGUCAUGUGGCUAUAUCCUGAAAAACACUGGCUAUGACUGGGGUAUAACAGAGAACUGCAGCCAGGAGUUUGACUUUAUUUGCGAGUUUGGUAAGAGGUCCUGAACUGAACUUAAGGGUAACUACUUGUACCACACAUCACCCCAAAAGAGUUAAAAAAUAAGAUUUGCACAGAACACAGAUCUGCAGCAAAACACAUAUGCUUAUUUAUAAUUAUAGGUGCAACAUAGGGCACUUAAAAUAGAAGGCUGUCCUGUGUAAUGCAACCUAACCCAUGCAUUUGAGAAUGUAUAUUUAUAGCUCGCUUGAUUAGUGCUAUUCCCUGAAAUAUGUUUAUUAGCAGUUUCAGUGUGUGCACAAUACCAUGCUCUCAUUUCCACCAAUAAUAAACUCAAGUGGGGAGUGUCAGCAGUAAUGGGCCAAAUCAGGCCCAUUUCAGCAUGCUCAGGUGACCCCGUGGGCUUGGAGAAGCACAAAAGAAGGAUGGAGUCCCAUUCAGUAAGCUUGGUCAGUGGCCACUUGAAUGAUUUCUGAAGAACCCCUCACCCAAAUCAGGGGCUGCAGGGGAUGUGGGAUGAGACAUCCUGCAAAAGGUUUGUUGCAUUUUACACUGCAACAUCUUGUUGCAGGUCUCACUCGUGGUUGCUAGAAUUUUCUCUCCUGCUUCUUUUCUGAAUCUUAUUCAUGCCACCUAGAGGAUCAUUCUGGAAGUGCUCUCAACUCUAUGAAAUUCCCACUCAACUUUUUGGGAAAAGUAAAGGCAUGGGAUUCGUCAUCUGGGGCAGGGAAGGGUUAAGAGGAAAAAUAAUGCUAGCGUGCUUUUCUCCAGGAUUGAACGCAUUUUUUAAAAUGGUCAGCUUUAAACCCGUUUAAAUUUCCACAAUCCCACAGAUCACUAUUUUAAAACUAUCUUUGUUUUUAAUGAUGAUGGUUCUAUGUGUGUUUGUUUUAAUGGUGAUGGCCUUACGUAUACUUGCUUUUAAGUGGGCUGUGUCUUUAGCCAACAAUGCCACACACUCAUGGUGUUUCUUGUAUGCGUGUGCACAGAAUCAGGCCACAGCAUUGCCUGCGACAACUUCAAUGCCACAGUGCAGUGUGGCUCAGGAGAAGUAAUUCAGAUUGGAGAAAGCUUUUAUGGACGGAAAACACCUCACUUCUGUGUGCUAGAGACUCCCCUACAGUUUGAUGUCGAAGAGGAAUGUAGCUGGAUAAGUGUAAAGGAUGAAGUUGCAGGUAAGGCUUGGGGGACUUCAGUGUUUUGAACACAGAUGGGGGAGAAAAUUGAUUCAGUGUGCAUUUAAAGGCAAAUCUAUGUGGCAUAGCAAGGCGCUAAGUGAAACGCAGCCAACCUUCAAAAUCCACAGUUCUCCAAGUUUUGCAAUCCUGUUCUCUGGCCAAGUAAUGCAUAUAAAAUGCAUACAUUGUGGUAAAGUGUACAUUGAACAUCAUUAUAUUAGCGAAAAUGACAUGCUACUGCAUCAAACCUUGCAGGGCAGUGCCAUGGACUCCAAGCAUGCCAGGUGGCAGCUGAUGGGACCUUCUUUGGAGAUCCUUGUCCAAGUUUGGGAAGCUACCUGUCGGUUCAAUACCACUGCAUGGAAGGUAAGCAGCAGAACUUUCUCCACCCACAGGUACCAUCAGCAGGUUGGGAAGCAUCUCCCAGUGACCAGCUUGCACCUAGAUGGACCAGUGCAGCCUGAUUUGGUACAAGGCAAUUUCACCCACAUGACCUCUCCAAGGAUGCAGAGAGGUGCCAUUAUUCUGUGCACUAUUUUACAGGCUUGCGACUGGCUGUGACGGAGGAAAGCUUUAUCUUUGAAAACAUCACCAUAUCAGUGAAGUGGCUACUCUCUCCUUAUUCUGGCAAUCUCUCCUGCAUCAUUAGCACCGGAGACGGAAACACUAUUGAUCCAUACUACCCUCCAACGUAAGUCUACGUUUUUGCAGUCAGGCGAUGAGGAAGUGAAGGUUUUGUUGCUUUCUUAUUUGAUGAUGGUGAUGAUUGAAGACACCUUUCAAGUUGUCAGUGAUGCCCCAAAUCAGGAGAGCAGAACCUCAUGCUUGGGGACUGAAUCCCUUAAGGAUUACCCAGCUGGUUCUCGAGACUCUCCCCAUCACCCCAGACCUUACCUCUGACUGGGAUGUGUCUUUGAGCUGUCAGACCUCAUCUUCUUUGCCCGGAUGCAAUUGGAAUGUUGUAUGUUUGUCGAGACAUGCUUUUGCAUGGCUGUAAUGUAGCCUCCUGUACAAAGUAAGAGUCCCUUCCAUUGCUCCGCCCACAUUUCCUUCUGGCCAUGCCCACCACCAGCAUGCAGCCCCUGGAACAUCAGAAGGGUAUAAAGUGAAGGGGCUGGAAAGAAGGAUGACUGGGGUGUGAGUGUGAAGUGGAGGGGAGAAGGUGCAGUAGCAAAUCCAAACAGCUCUCCUUUUCCUCUGCCUUGGUCUGCCUGACCCAUUCACCUCCCUCCUUCCCACGCUUCCCUUUUCUUCUCUCACACUUCUCAGGCUUCUCUGCUUGUCUGCCAUCCAUUUCCUCUCUUUCAUUCCCCUCUAGCUCUGUGUGCUACAGCAUGCUAUAUCUCAUGUCUCUAAGGGGCUCCCACAUAUGCCUGCAUCAGGGCUGUCUUAAGCAUAUGCGGGGCUGUCUUAAGCAUAUGCGGCCCUGGGGUGCAAAUAUCCGCCUGGUGCCCCCCCCAGGUUGCACAGUCCCAGGUGCGCAGUAGGGUGGAGCCGGCCAGCCGCCUCAGCGUCUCACUGGCUUGGUCGCCUCCAAACUUGCAGCGCAGAGCUGCCCGCAGAAGAGCCUGCUGUGGCGCUCCAACCGACGGGCGGGCUCUUCCCCGGACUCAACUCUCGGGCCCCGGACUCUCGGGCCUGGUGCCCCUGAGAGCCUGGUGCCCGGGUGCCCCGCACCCCUAGUGCCUAUGGGUAAGACGGCCCUGGCCUGCAUUCUGCUUGUGCCAGGUGUGGUGCUGGAAUCAGUUCAGCCCAAAGGCACAAGCAGGACAGAGUGGGCAGGCUGCAGUGCUGAGGCCACCUGAAAGUGGACUGAGGGUCAAUGGUUGUCCCCUGGCUCUCAGACUGAAACACACUUUUUCUAGGUAGAAGAGAGAGAAAGGCUUCCCAAUGCCACAGCAAAAGAAUGAAAUGAAUGCUUUAAAUGCUGCAAAAAUGAUGCAAUUUUAACUUGAGAAAUGCACAUAUGAGCAUUGUUGGAGAAUGGAAUGGAUUAUCCUGGAACAGGGUGUGGUUGUUGGUUGACUAAAAUCCUAAACAGGAGCACUCGUGCUGCAACAUUUUGUUGCAGGUUUGGCUUGUUCUGCUUCUAACGUGUUCCAUUUUGCACCUCAAGCCUGUCUAGCAAUGUGACCCAUCGCUUCACAUCUCCUGGCGAAUUCACCAUCUUUGUGGAGUGCACAACCAGCGAGUGGCACGUCACAGCUCAGAAACUGAUCACCGUGCAAGACAAAAUGGAUGAGCUUUUGGUGACCGGGUGCUUCAGCAAAUAUGAAGUAGGAAACACUUCACAUUGCAGGACUCUUUAUGAAGAAGUGUUAUGGAUUCAGGUGGAACUUAAUGGAGGUCAGAGCCAUCACUUCGUUUUUGUUUAUAUAUUCUUUUGCAGAUCAAUAGUAGUUUGAACAAUGUACUUUCAGAGCACAUAGGAGAGACUUCUGCUGGAAUUGUCCUUUUUAAAAAACAAAACACCUUUCGUGCUUAGGGAGAAAUUCAAUUCAGUUUGCAUUUGAAGGCAAAUCCAUGUAAUUCAGACUUUCUUAAACCAUACACGUCCCAAAGCACGGUCUUUCUUUGAAAUUAACACUUUUCCAAAUUUUGAAAUGUGGUUCUCCAACCAGGUAAGGUCCAUUGACUUCCCAUUUUAGACAGGUGUUGAAAACAGUUUUAUUCCCAAAGGCAUGUUGUAGCUGAUUUCUGUCAUUUAAAACUGUAAAUUUGAUGGAUUGUUUUUUUGCUUGUUUCAGUGCUGCUGUGUUUGACAUCUGCCUCUGCUUUCUUUUUAAUCGGUUUUAUUAUUUUUAUAUUUGAUUCUUUUGUAAUGCCAUGCACAUGGAUGGUGCCAAAUAAGUAAAUAAACCACAUUGCUAUAGCAUUACGGUAAAUAAACUGAUACAGUAUUUAGUACAUAAAAUAAAUGUUUUAAAUGUUUUGCAAAAGGAUGUGAAACGAGAUAUAAUUUACACCACAUUUUGGAAACCAUUUUUCCUUUUCAGGUAGUGGAGUGACCUAUACCGUGCUGGCUGAUAACAAAACGCUGAUGGAGUCCAGGGUGAAGGAAGGAAUUGUUCCUCACAAUCUCACCCUGGAUGGCGCAUCCCAACGGCUGAUUGGUCCUGGCGUACAUCAUCUUGAAAUAAUUGCGUCCAGCAACACCACAGAAGCAGACGUUUCAGAAAUCCUGACGGUUCAUUUAGUCGAAGCAAUCUCUGGUCUUCAGGCCAUAUUAAGCUCCCACUCUGUGGUUUUAGGAGAAGAUCUGGAGAUAAAAGUCUCUGUACAUCAUGGGUCUCCUGAGAAACUGAGGUUUGAGGUGACCGGGCUGAAUGAGACCUUUUCCCACUUGAAGGACUUCACCGAAGGAGAAGCCGAGACCUACAGAAUCCCAGUGAAGUCUGAAGGUACUUCCACACAAAAGCACAAACAUGUAACUGAGCUAGAUGAGUCUUCUUUUAAAAGUAUGAAAAAUGAGAGAGAAAGAGAAGGGAAGGGGGAAUUUGCAGUGUACCAUACAUACACCACAUGGGGGUGAGAAGGUGGAGCUCCCAUCCCCUUUCCCUCUGUGUGGCCGAAGGAAAGCAAGUGUACUGGUCCCGUGGGUUACCCGAGAGGCGAGGUCCAAGUCCAUGGGCAAAGAUGAAAAGUGGAGGCAAUCCAUAGUAGCUGAAGCUGGGUUCAGGGCAGGGAGCCAGGGCGGGUCAGGCAGGAAAGCAGGACAGGGUUCGGGCAGGAACUAGCAACCAACAAUGCUGCUCCCACAACUUGGGACUGGGGCUGGCUGGCUUUUAUCUGCCCUGAGGCAUAGGGCGGCCCCGAUCCUCUGGUGACUCGCCUCUCUUGGCCUGGUGGCGAGCACUCCUCCUGCGGGAACUUAGUUCCCUCCGCCUCUCUGCCCUGAGCCUCUGCAGCUCAGAAGAGGCUGGAGGGUUACCAGACCCAGAGGCAACCUCAGCUUCCUCUGAUGGGGCUGAGAGUGGAGCACCUGCAGGCAGUGGGUCCUCCAUCACCUCAGGAGCCAGAGCAGACUCAGCUGCACCUGAGGAUCCAGCACAGGUGAGGACCCUUCAGGCUCAAGCCCCAGCCCUGGCUCAGCUGGUUCUGGAGGUGGGGAAUCCUGUGCAGGCUGGGAUCCCUCAGGUUCAGCAUCCGAGUCCGAAUCCCAGGCCAUCACAGCAAGGGAGCAACAGCAAGGAGGAGGACUGGACCUACUGGGGGCAUCUGGCACAAGAGGACCCCAAAAACUGAGGUUGGCCCUGAGACUGGUCAGAUGACCAGUAUUUGGGAUGGAAGAUAAGAAGAACCCAGCUGGAUGAGACCAAAGGCCAAUCUUAUGAAUGGAGAACCUGUGGCCCUCCAGAUGUUGCAUAGGGAGCUGCCUUAUAAUGAGUCAGACCACUGGUCCUUCUAGCACAGUAUUGUCUCCCCAGCCCUACCCAGAGAUGCCAGGGAUUGAAAUUGGAGCCCUCAGCUUGCAAAGCAGAUGCUCUACCGCUGAUGUAUAGCUCCCCCCCCCCCCCGCCUUGCUUCACUGUUCCAAGGACUGGGAUAUUUGAUUUGUGUUUUAAUUCUUUUUUUUUUUACUAAAUUGUUGUGCAUUGCCAAGAGGACUACGCUGAUACAUUCAUAAAUAACAGAUAUAGAUAUCACAUAAAUUAAAGCACCUUGUUCACUCAAAGUGCUAUAAAAUCAUGGGUGAAAGGGACUUGUCUUGUACUAAUAUUUUUGGCUCCAUUUUUUGUCCAUCAAGCCACAUGAAUCCAUGUUCCCACCCCCUUUUUACAAGGUGGUACACUUCCCUGAUUGGCACCAAUAGACUUUGCACCUGCCCUAACAAGUUUCACCCCUUAAUCUGCCUGGCUCUGUGGAUCUUUGGUUCCCAGCUUCUUAUUCGCCCUUAUUUACCUUUUCCCGUGUCUUCUUUCCAGGUACCUUCCAGGUCAAAGUGUUUGCUAUUAAUGCUUUCUCGAACAUGAGCACUGAUGCAGGAACUGUAAUCGUCUCAUCUAACAGUUCUCACGAAGAAGGUAAUAGCAGGCUCUUGCUCUUGAUUAUGCCAAAUGAUGACUUCAUAAAAUGAAGAGCAAUCAUACUUUUUAAAUUACGGUAUACUUCUGUCUUCUUUUCCUUUGCAUUUUAUUCAUACUGUUGUGUGCUUCCCACUUCCAAGUGGUAAGAAGUUACAAGAACAGCAUUAUAGGAUUUGGUAUCCUUUUGAUGAGAGGGCACCACAGACUUCUUAAACCAAAACCAUUCUUAAAUCGAGGCGCACUUUUCCUAAUAAGGCCUCCCACUGCCGGUGCCCUUCCACUGUUCGGAUUCCAUUCUUAUACUGAGGUAAAGUUCUCAAACCAAGAUGCUAUUUUCGGUUUUGCGGAGUUUGUAAACCAAAUUGUUCUUAAACCAAACUGUCCUUAAACCGAGGUACCACUGUACAUACUGUAUUUUUCCGUGUAUAAGACGCCCCCGUGUAUAAGACACCCCCUAUUUUUGGGGACCCCAAAUUUAGAAAAUGAGCAUAUGCACUAUCCGUGUAUAAGACGCCCCCAGAUUUUUAACCUUAAUUUAAAGUAAAAAAUCCCUAGUCUUAUACAUGGAAAAGUACGGUAAUCAGAGGACAAGGGAAACAAACAAGCACUCCUGCAGUUGGUAACAUAUCCCUGUGGAACCAUCCCUGGUUUCACUUCUGGUUUGAUUUGACACUCCCAAUGUUCCCAUUCUCUCUCUCUCUCUCUGCCCCUCCCCCCCCGUCUCUUGCACACACAUACAUCACAUCAGUGUGUAGACUCCACAGAAGGUUCCUAACAAGGUAAUGUAGCCAUCAGGCUGGAAAAGGUUUCCACCCCAAGCCUUAUGGUAGGGCCCACCCUCAACACACUGGUUGAAAAGGGUUGCCCCUCCCCCUCUGCAUUGGGCUGUGCAUAGAUUCCAUAUAAUGGAGACAUGGGACCAGAUGGAAUAGCUGGGUGCUUAGUAUGAGGCAGCAUGAGGCCCCGAUAAAUGAAAUCUGUCUCCCUCCUUCCCAUGAACAAACUGAAUCCUUAUACACUGUGAUGCUUCGGGGAGCAAUUUCUACCAAUUGCUCUGUAACUUUCACACAGACCUGGAGAAAUAACCUUGAUUUAUACAGAAAAGGUCAGCAUGGCAUUUGCAGGUGCUAUUGAAGCCUUCUGAUUUAUGCUUUGUGUUCAACAGAUCCUCUUGAGGACAAAGAACAGUCCAAUGUAAAUGGUGAAAAAAGAGUUGUGAGUAUCUAUUAAAAGAAAGAAUGAAAAUAACGGAAAAAAUCCUUUUGAAAAUAUUUGACAGGGAUUAAUGAACGGCUUUUCUUUCUUCUUGGUUAAGACACUGGAUUUAUUCAAGCUGAUACCUUAUGCCCUCUUGCCUGAGGGUAAUCCCCAUUGAACACAGUGGGACUUACUUCUAAGAAAGCAUGCAUUUGAUUGCGCUGUUGUUGGGUUGUAGCCAAGUAAGUUGUAUUCAGAGUAGAUCCAGUGACAUGAAUAAACCUAAGUUAGUCAUGUCCAUUAAUUUCAGUGGGUCUACUUGGAGUAGGACCAAUGCUGGGUAUAAGCCACUGUAUUUAUUGAGGCUACAAUCCUAACUAUGCUUACUCUGAGGUAAGUCCUUCUGAACUCAAUGGGACUUACUCCCAAGUAAGUGGAGUUAGUACGGAAGCCUACGUUUUAUGUUUGGCUGUGCUUCAGCAAAACUAUUAGGGUGGCAUCAAAGACAAAACCAGCCAACCAACAAAACCAGUUAAUAAAAGAAAAUAUAUGCCUAAAAAAUUCCUGCAUGUCUAUGAAGUCUCUGUGGAGCCUUGGGAAUGUCCAUUCUUCCAGCCUUCAUUCCCUGUCUGGAAUGUGGGACUGGUAAUGGCUUAUAUCAUGACAAGAUGUUAAAAAGGGAAUGUUCUCAUCAGAUAUCAAGGAGGCAAGAGGUACUUAAACCAAGGAAAACCUGUCCCAAAGCAUAACACACCUAAGAAUAAGACCCUUCUGGAUCAGACCAUCUAGCCCAGCUUCCUAUUCCCACAGUGGGCAACCAGCUGCCUCUGGAAAGCUCACAAACAGCAGCUGGAAUUCAGAGGCAGGCUACCUCCAACAGUGGUGGUAACAUACAGCCAUCUUGGCUAGUAGUCACUGAUAGAAUUAUCCUUCAGGAACUUGUCCAACCCCCUUUUUAAAGGCACCCACGUUGGUGGCCAUCACUUCUUGUGGGAGCAAAUUCCAUGCUUCAACUAUGUGCUGAGUGAAGGAGGACUUCAUUUUGUCUGUCCUGAAUCCCAUGCCAAUCGGUUUAACAGGAUAGCCCCAGAUUACGGUAUCCUCCAUCUUAUUCACACCAAGCAUAAUUUUGUGCAUGUUUAUCAUGCCAUUUUUUACUCUCCCCCCCCCCAACUAAAAAGUCCCAGAUAUUGUGGGGGCUUUCCUCACAGGGGAGUUGCUCCAACCCCUUGUUCAUUCUGGUUACCUCUUUUCUGUGUCUGCUUGCACAUGGAAGAUGCAACUGCUCUGACAAUUACUUUUCUUCAUCAUUUCUGGUUUAGGAUGACAAAGGGAAAAACAAGAUCUACAUUAAGCCCAGCCGCCAUGCCAGCCUCUUCACAACAAUCAUUCUUGGCUGGCCUGAUGACAGCACUAAUUCUACCUACACCUGGUCUUGUGGUAUGUAUGUUGUGUUUCACUGCCUUCUCCCCUUUACAAUUGUGACCAGAACUCUCCAUUCAAAAGUAUAUGAAAGCGCCCUCAUGUUCUAAGUGAGCUGAUGUGUUUGGUUUGUUUAUCCGAGUUUAGGGCUGGGAGAUCCGUUUGAUUCAGUUCACAUUUAAAGGUGAACCUACCUAAUUCACACAUUCACACAGCCACCCUUUGACAUUCUGACACCUCUGAUUUUGCAGCACAGUUCUCCAGCCACACAAUGUGUACAAAAAUGCAUAUACAGGGCUAAAGUGUCCAAUAGAAAAAUACAACACUGGGUGCUGGGUUCUCUCAAAUGAUUCAGCUGAAAAUUGCCUUUGAAGGUUACUGCUGGCCUGAAUGGGACCAAUGUGUGCAAGAGCAUUCCAUCCUCACAGACCAAAGAGAGAUCCGGAUCCCACCGGCUUGCUUACCUCCUCCCAGCUCUGCAGUGACCAUGAAAGUUAUAGUCAAAAGCCCAGAGAAAGAAGAAAAACAGGAUGAGCAAUGCCUCUACAUUACAGCAAAGCAGGAUCUGAGCCUGCAGAUCAGGUGUGCUGCACUUUAUUUAUUUCCUUGCGCUCUGAGGUUCUGACAGUGUCAGGUGAAAGCCUCAUACAGAAGCUGUCAGAGGCAGUUUGCUCCUGAAUUCCACUUGCUGGGAAUCUUAAAUGACUAGAGUGCCAUUGUGCUCAGGUCCUACUUGCAGGCUUCCCAUUAGGGCAUCAGGCUGACCCCCAGGAGAACAGGAUGCUGGACUAGAUGGGCCACUGGCCUGAUCCAGCAGCCAGGCUCUUUUCUUAGAUGCAUGGAGAGGGUGAAGGAUGGCAAGAUGCUACCCUGACAGGGUGUGCUUGGGGAAGCCAACUAGGCAACAGUAGAUCUGUUCAACAGGAAGAUGUUCAAGAAUCCCAGUUUUGAGUAUCACAGAUGCACAGCAUUGAUUAUAUCAUUCCACCCAAAAGCACAGAGCUCAUUUGGUAGGCAAGCACAGUUUGCUCCCCUUAGCUUGUUCCUUGAGCUUGCUAACUGCAGGUCCUGCCUUCUUCCUAGCUGCAAAAUGAACUGCAAACCAGUGAAUGUUACUGAAGACAUGACGCUCCUAGCAUCCGUGGGGACAGACUCCAAGGCUACUCUGUACAAGUGGUACUUAGAUUAUACGUUCCACAGAAAGGUGAGCCUGUUGCCCAUGUCAGAAAUUCUGUACACACACAAAAGUUGAAUCAAUGAAAUUUGCACUUUCUGAAACAAUGUGAAAAACAAAACACAGGCAUUUUUCAAAAUAUAUACAUAUUUGAAUGUUAUGAUGCAGUUCCCCAACAAAACCAUGUUUACAAAAACUCAAUAUAUUAGGAAAAAUUACUUGCAAAACUUCAUUAAAAAUGUGUUUGUUUGAAGAAAUUUGCAUUGAAACACUAAUGAAUUUUCGUGAGAAUUAUUUACAAAGAAAUCUACAAAUGGCUACAGAAAUGUGGGGAACAGAUUUUAAGACUGUUAAAAAUGAAAAACUGAGAGAACAGAAAUGGACAGAUCCAUCCUGUGUGUGAGAUGACACUUGCUUUGACAUAACAUCAUUUAACCUUCCCACAAACAAAUCAGAAGGAUGUUCACUAAACAGCCAGCAGCAGACAACCUGCUUAUUGAGGGUUUAUCUUGAUUUGUUUGCAGGGAGAUUAGAUGACAUUGGCUAUUUCAUGACCAAUUUUAUCUUUCAGCAGGCCUAUCCAGACACAUGAUAUAGUUACAUCUGUUUUUAAAUUUAUUUUAUGUUUUUAUUGUGAUUUUUGUUUUUACAUGUUUUCAGUUGUUUUAAAAUGUUUUACAUAAAUAUUUUUUUAAAAUACUGCAUCAUUGAUGGGUUUGCUGCCCCGGGUAGGAUAUCUAUUUAAUAAAACAUUUAAAAAUCAAAUUUUGAUUUCUCUGUGAGGAGGCUAGAGGACCUGAAAUCAACCGCAGUCUGGAUGCACCCUUAGAGAUAGAAGGCAAGACUAUUAAAAGCUGGUUAUCCUUUUGAAAGGGACAGGGGAGAUAUUAACGCAGCUGUUUGAGAACUAGGUGAAGACCUUGAGAACAGUCUCUUUGCUAGACAUAGCAGAAAGGUGACCACAGGUCCAUGUUUUAAUCCGUGUUUCUUCUGCUUUCUCUCUCUCUUUCCCUUGCGGUUCAUUCCCCUCACCAGCCCAAUCCUCUUCCACCAAGCUGUACCUUGAAUGCUUUCCCACAAAGCUCCCUCACUUUGCUUCAGAGUGGCACACCAAUGUUGGUGCUGAACAGCUCCUUCUUGCAAACCCAGGGAGAAGCUUUUCGAAUUAAAGUAACAGGUGGGAGAGCCAGAAUUUGGAUAAUCUGCAUUUACUAUGGCUUUAGUAGUAAUUGUUUGCUUCCAACUGGUAGUUUUAAUACUGCAUGCUAUCAAGCGUUGUUUCUACCUGUAAGCUGCUCUAAGCACUACUGAGUAUUAUUUUUAUUACUGUUAAUUACCUGCCCUUCACUCAAAGGCCCCAGGGCAGUUUAAAACAAUUGAAAGACAAUGUUAAAAACAGUUCAAAACACAGAAAUCACAGAAAUAAGGUGGGUACACCUCAGGUGUCAAAAACAAGAGAAAAGAGGUGUGCUUCAGCAUUCUGGGGAGGGAGUUCCACAAUUUAGGGGCCGCCACAAAGAAUGCCCUACCCACUGAACUUCUGAGGGUGGUAGAACAACCAAGAAGGUCUCCUCUGCCAACCUGUAGGGAAGGAAGUGGUCUUUCAGGUUUUGAGGCCCUGAAUCAUUUAAGGUUUUAACCUUAAACCUGUUAAUACAUUGAAUUGAGCCUGGAAAUGAACCGGCAACCAAAGCAGCCGUUUUAAAACAGGGAUUAUGCAAGAACUAAACAGAACCCCAGCCAGUAGUACAGCCGCUACAUUUUUAACCAAUUUAAGUUUCCAAGACAUCCAAGAAUAUUAGCAUAUUAUUUAACAGCAUUAUAACAACAACAACAAAUGUGCAGUUCAGUGUUCUUCCUGGCACAAAGAAUGGCAAAUACCGCUAUUUCAAAGCCCUGCAGGAUGAAACCUACAAUGGGCAUUGAAACAAACUCUUCAGGGCUUUUUCGGACCUGUGGGAACAUUUGGAAUGGCUGCUGGGGGUUGUCUAGGCAUUGCCAGGUAAUGCAUUUUGGGGGUUCUGAAAUGGCUGCUAGCUGACAUGAAUGGGAGCCUGUAUAUAAAUGCUACCACUAAGGUGUGAUUGGUUUGGGGGGAGGGGAGGCAGGGUGAAGCAUGGCCACUGCAUGACCACACAGGUGUUGCUGCAGUGCAGCAAAAUGUAUAAGUAGUAGUAAUCCAAAAAGCCAAGUGCUCCUUUUAUAUCUCAAUAGUAUACAAACCACAGCAAACUCACCUUUGAAUUGUUUUCUUUCUAAAUUUGCCAGCUAUGAGUGAGGACAAAUAUGGUGAAGACACCUAUACUGUGAGCACUGUGCCUCCACCUGUAGCCCCAGUAUGUACUGUAUCUCCUGCUCAAGGAUCAGUGCUCACCAGCUUCUCCAUCUCCUGCCACUCUCCCUGUCUGGUGGAUCAGUGCCUUCCAGCUGACAGCUCCUCACUCACAUACUGCUUCUACCUGCAGACAAGUAAGAGUCAGAGGUGGCUGCUUGCAUUCACUGUUUGUCUAAGGUUGGUUCUGGUCCACAUGUUCUAACUGAAGGCACUUCUGUAGCUGAAUUCUCUCAUAGGGAUGGCAUGCCAGUGUUUAGUGGGGAUAGAGGCAGAAGUGGUGUAGCGAAAAGGGUGCUUCUUACUUUUAUACAGUAGGUUAAAUUCCAGUAAAAGGCACAUUCUGGGCAUCCAUCCAGGUAAUCAAGAGGCAUUAAAAUAGAUAUAAAUAACUGAAAUAAAUAAAUAAUAUACAAUAAAAUAAACAUUCACAAUUCAAUGACACAUCCCUGCCUGGCAAAAGUAUCCUAGAGGGUGCAGAGCAGGGCCAGGGGAAGUGUGUCCUAGGAAAGGACAUGCUAAGUGUUCAGGUUCUACAGUCCACAAGUAGCUUGUAGUAGCUACUACUAAAGUGUGUAGAGGUGAAAAUAACAUUCAGAAAUGGGUCGUAUCGGGGCAAUUGUUUUGCAAAAUUGCAUAAGAAAUGUGUGUAUUUGGAGAAAUUCACACUAAAAUGAAUUUUCAUGGUGACUUUAAAAAAUAAAUCACAAGCUGAUGUGGAAGUGUGGGGAACUGAACUUAAGACUGGAAAAAUGAGAAACCGAAACUGAGAAAUUUGCCCCUCCCUACUCAGUUGUAGGGCAUUGUAGUCUAGCAACAACAGUAAGGCCACAGGCUUCCCACCCCACCCUGUGUUAGAACCACUGGCUAUAAAUAGAAAAUGACAAAUGACAAAUAAAUGUGCAUCUGGCCAUUGCAAUCCAAGUCUAACACGGAUCAAGAAAUGCCCUGCUGCUGCUUUCAAACUGGGUCAUGGAAAAAUUGGUUUCCUACUCUGUCACCUGAACCAGUCUCCCUCCCUCCUCCAGAUUCUCUUCUACACUGCGGACAAGAGCCUGUCCUACCCUCAGUUUACCUUCCACUUGGAGAAGCAGACGAUAACUUUCUUUUAUGGAUUAAAAUUGGUGUGAGCAACAUCUAUGGUGACACCGUUUAUACCAAUGCCACUGCCAGGGUAGGUGUGACUUCACUGGCUUUUGCUGUCUGUGCCUUUGCUAUCUAUAUUAUUAUCAUCACAUUCUAUACAGCCGUCUUAAGGUGAUGUUCAAUAAACACAGUUAAACACACACACACACACACACACACACACGAGUAAAUACAUUUAAAACAAAACUGAGGCCGUACAAAAUAGACACUCAAGGCAAAGAAGUCCGCUCACCCUCGUGAUGUUGCUGGACGGUAGAGUCUCCCCCAAGAAAUCCCAGGAUUGGCUUCCUGUCCUGAUGGGAGGAGAGGGUGGCUAAGAUGGUCGCUGUAUUCUGGGGCCGGGUAGGAAUUUGUCCACCAGGCAAAUUGUCACCAGCCUGUUGGUUUUGCCUACCUCAUAGCAAUUGUCACAACUUGGUUGGGCAUUGGGACAAUAUCAAUCUGGGAUGGAGGGGAGGUUGUAGUCUCUGCCUGCCCCUCCAAAUGCUGGACAUCCUGUUAAAGGGAUCUGGGUGGAGUGGCCAUGUCCGCAUGCCCAGCCGGAGCCUAGGACCAUUGGCUCUCCCCCAGACAGCAGUCCCUAUUUGAUGUAAGUCUUAGGAACCCCUGUGUGGAUUGACCAUUGCGUCACUUCUGGCAGGCAGGCUGGAAGUAUUUACUUGCCCCAUGCCCAAGCCAAACCUCUCUCAUCUGUAUUCAAUAAAGUUGUGGACUGUUUCAGUCCAUAACCAGUCUCAAUUGUCUUUCAUUUCUCUGGGGGUAGAGGACUGGGGAGAACGACUAUUGGUCCUGCAACCAUUUAUCCAGCUGCAAUAUCUUGUCAAAACAAAACUGUCUUCAAUUGUUUCCAGAAAGUGCAGCCUAGUAAGUGGUUGUCUUUUCUCCCCAGGAAGGCUCUGCCACAGAACAGAUGGGGUGAUGAACCCACACAAUUCAGGGGCUUGAUCUGGUCCUCCUGAACAUUCCCCCCUAAUAUCCCCAAUAUCCCACCUAAUAUCCCUCCUAAUUUCCUACCAAUUUUGAUGGUGGGAUGAAAAGAAAAGUAAAGAAAGUAGAGGUGACACAGCAGGUGGGUUUUUCUCAGAAAAGAAAAUUCGACCUACUGUAUCUCCUCUAUUAUAGAAACAUGCUGUCAACAACCCAUUUACAAUAUUAAGCCCCUAUCUGAAAACUUUCUUCUCAUUGAGAACUGUAGGUGUCAGAGAACUGAUUUGGAUCAGGACUAUAAUGAGAUGAAAAGCUUAAAGCCUUCUGCUGUAUGUCAUGGUCCUGACCUCAGCCUUGAGCAUCUGCAUCUGCUGUUUGUUUUCUAGCCACACAAGGGCUAAGAGGAGGGGACUAAGACUAAGAAUAACAACACAUCUAGUCUGGCAUUCAGCAGCAAGAAUGUCCUUGGUGGUUAUGGAAUGAACAACUGUGUGCAUUUCCCCCUUGCUUUAUCAGGUUCAACAUCAGGACAUAAGCAGCGGAAACCAGACCUUGCAAGCCAUUAUUUCAGAAAAAUCGAACACCAUCCUCAAAGGCGAGAACAACAGCAUGACCCUGUUCCAGCUGUACAAGUCAGUGUCUUCUGUCCUUAAUCUAGAAACAAAAGAAGAGAGUGUUAAUUCAUCUCUGCGGACAGAUACACGGAAAGAGGUUAGCUGCACAUACUGCCUCCUGCAACCAUUUUUACUCAGGAGCCUUUGGUGUGUAAGCAGCAUUUGUAUAGUUUAGCUACUACAAGGUACUCAUGGAAUGUAGAAUCAAUAUCUUCUGGUGUCAUUGCUUGAUCUGGGCAGACCACAGGUGCUUCCCCUACCUCUCAGCUGUGGGGGCAUAAGGUUGCCCACACCCUGUGUGACAUCAGCGCAUUUUGCCCAAUGGUAGUGACCCCUAUGUAAACCCCCACUCAGCUAACAGCAUUAAGAGUUGGGUAGGAAAGAAAUAGACGCGGGUGGCGCUGUGGGUAAAAAUCGCAUGGUCAGCGGUUCGAAUCCCCGCGGCGGGGUGAGCUCCUGUCUUUUGGUCCCAGCUCCUGCCCACCUAGCAGUUCGAAAGCACUCCUAAGUGCAAGUAGAUAAAUAGGUACUGUUUUAUAGUGGGAAGGUAAAUGGCGUUUCCAUGUGCUGCGCUGGUGCCGGCUCGCCAGAGCAGCUUCGUCACACUGGCCACGUGACCCGGAAGUGUCUCCGGACAGCGCUGGCCCCCGGCCUCUUAAGUGAGAUGGGCGCACAACCCUAGAGUCGGACACGACUGGCCCGUACGGGCAGGGGUACCUUUACCUUUACCUUUUAGGAAAGAAAUAAUUGUUUUAGCUGUUUACAACCUUUUCACCAGCCAGUUAUUUUAAUGAUUCCUUUGUUGUUUUUAAUGGUGUACGUAUUGUUGUACACUGCCCUGAUAUUUUAUGAGAGGGCGAUACAUAAUUACUUUUAUAAAUGCAUAUAAAUUAAAAAACCCCAGUGGGCCAUUAAUUAAAAGCUAGCUGGAAUAAAAAGAGCUUUAAAGGUAAAGGUAAAGGGACCCCUGACCAUUAGGUCCAGUCACGGAUGACUCUGGGGUUGCGGCGCUCAUCUCGCUUUAUUGGCUGAGGGAGCCGGCGUACAGCUUCCGGGUCAUGUGGCCAGCAUGACUAAGCCACUUCUGGCGAACCAGAGCAGCGCACGGAAACAUCGUUUACCUUCCCGCCAGAGCGGUACCUAUUUAUCUACUUGCACUUUGACGUGCUUUCGGACUGCUAGGUUGGCAGGAGCAGGGACCGAGCAACGGGAGCUCACCCCGUCGCAGGGAUUCGAACCGCCGAUCUUCUGAUCGGCAAGUCCUAGGCUCUGUGGUUUAACCCACAGCGCCACCCACGUCCCAUUAAACGAUGGGAACAUGGAGUCCAGUAAAUCUCCACCAGCCCCACAAUCCCAGCCCCAGCACUGAGAAGGCUCCUUCUCUCUUGCCUGCACACAGGAUCUCGUAUAUAGGCACUACAGAGAGCAAGGUCUCCAAGGCCUGGUAGGCUCAUGAAGGAGCAGGCAGUUUCUGAAAGGCAACCUGGCCCUAAGCUGUUCAGUUUUAAAGCCAACGCUCACACUUUAUGUUAAUCCUGGAAACAAAUAGAUAACUACAGCAGGUGGAAUAAAGCUUGGGGUCUAUUUCCAAAGUUGUCCCUGCAUACACACCAUUGCAGUAAUCUUGUGUGAAAUAAUGAAAUUACAACUCAUCUGGUUAAUGUGUCCUUUGCUAUUAAGCAGGAUAUCCCUCAGAUAUGGCCCUGUUCCCCAGUUCCUGAAGCAUUGCUUGGGUUUGGAAGCCAAUUGUCACAAAUAGGGUUUGUAUUAUUUUAGUGCUUUGGGGAUCCAAAUCCUAUCUGGCGCUGCCAAAAUGCCUCUAGAUGUGCAAAUAAAAGAAGCCAGAGAAGUGUAAAGAAUUGUUUAAUUGUCAUUAAUAAUGAUCAUUUUGAAAGUCACGGGGAAGCUGGUACUUAUGCUUAAAAAGGCUACAUGUUCAUCUCACUAGGAACUCUCAUUCAUAAAUUCCCUUCACUCUCAUGGAGUUAAUAUAUUCCUCUACAGUGGUACCUCGGGUUAAGAACUUAAUUUGUUCUGGAGAGCCAUUCUUAACCUGAAACUGUUCUUAACCUGAAGCACCACUUUAGCUAAUCGGGCCUCCUGCUGCCGCUGCGCUGCUGGAGCACGAUUUUUGUUCUCAUCCUGAAGCAAAGUUCUUAACCCGAGGUACUAUUUCUGGGUUAGUGGAGUCUGUAACCUGAAGUGUCUGCAACCUGAAGCAUCUGUAACCCGAGGUACCACUGUAUUUAUAUAGUCAACUGGAAGGUAAACUGGCAAUUUGCAAUUAGAGUGGAUGUCAACUCAGAUUAGACAUAAAACCCACUUCCCACCCUAUAAUUUACAUUACGGAUGGGCAGACUUUAAGCUUGGUGAGGGUCUACUUUUUCCCAUUGGGACUCUGAGGUCCCCAACUGAAGUCGUGCAAAAUAUUGGCUCAAGAAGGUACACACAGAAUUGCAAGGCAAGAUGCCUCUGAGCACAUGCAGAGCUCAGGAAUUUGUUUUCGGUAGCAGAAAAUGGCUCACAUCCUGAUUAUUUUACCCACAAAUCUAUUCCUGCUUUCUCAAGCAUUCUUGAUUUCGGCAGCCCAAAUGAGGAAGUGAAGGGCAUGGGAGAGAAAGACUUUUGGUUGUUGCUAUUGUUAAACCAUUGGGAGCCGGAAAUUCUAUAUGUAUAUUUUUAUUUAAAAGCAUUUCUGAACCACUUAAAAAUCUCGAAGCUGUGUACACUAUGUACAAUAUAAAAACAAUAUCCAUUAAAACAAAAAUAUAGGCUAAAAUCAAUAGAAAGAUAUAAAAAUAUAAAAGCAUUUAAAAACAGAUUUAGGAGAUUCAUACACAAAAAUCAGGAUCCUAUCUUAUGGCAAACAGGGAAAGGCUGCGCAAAAAGAUAAGUCUUUGUAAGACAUCUGAAGGAGGAGAUGCUUUAUGUAUGGCUGAGGGACAGACAUUCCACAGAACAAGGGCAACAGCUGAAAAUGCCCAUUUUGGAGUCACCACCCUAUGAUAUUCAGUAGCAUGUUGCAAAUCACAGGGUCACCAAUGCGCAGCCUCUAGAUGCAGGUCUUUGUCUGGUGCCUGUGAAACUCUGAGCCCCCAAUUUCACUGUCCACCUGAUUCUGGAGUGGCAAAGGUGAUUAGCAUUUUCUUGCUUGAAAAGUACAUAGAGGAGGAAGCUGGAAGGGACAUCCUUUGCCACUUCCUGAUUUCCCCACGAUGUGCUUUUCAAGGUUCAGGUUAAUUCUACUGGAUCUGAUGAUUUAGUCAGAUCACAUGGAAAUGUGAAAUGUGUCUCUGCACUUCCUCUUUUUGUGUAUUGGGGUGGGGGGAUGAUCCAGGGGGAGAUAGAGGGAAGUGAUCAGAGUGGAUGGUACCCAUGGCACUCACUCAAAAAUCCAGAUGUGCCCAUGGACCUAGAAAGGUUGGCAACUUCUGUACUAGUUGAUCCUGUUCUGCCAGGGGUGGGUCUAUUAGAAACAAGACCAUCAAUAACCAGUAUUUAUAUGGUCUCUAAUGAUCUGUCUUUGCAUCCCCAGCUGCGAGAGCUGAUGCUGACAACCCUCUCUGCUGUAAAUGUAACAUCAAUGCAGACGGCUCUUAAGAUGUCAGAGGUGCUCAAGGAAAUCACUUACAGGAGUGAAGAGCUCUCUUCCUCUGCGCAGGUGAGUGGCUGGGCGAUGUGCAUUUCUUCAUAACUGCGUGUGGUUCAGGCAAAGAGGCAACAGAUGUAUUGACAAUGUGAGAAUCUGAGAGUAGGGGUGCUUUUAACAGACUGGUAAGGGGGGGUUGAAAGUGGGGGGGGAUUGAAGGAACUAUUCUAUGAUUAAUUCUUAGAGGAAGGCAGUACUUAUAAAACUGUCGGUCACCUCUUUGGUGCCCUUAGAUAAUUGGAGUUGGGACAGAAAUUUCAAAGAGGAAAAGGAACUCACCUGUGACUGAUGGAACCCUUCACCUUGUACCAAACAUAAGAAGAGCCUUUCUGGGUCAGGCCAAAGGUCUUCCUAGUCCAAAAUCCUGUUCUCAUAUUGGCUAACCAGGAGCCAAUGGCCCUCUCCCCACCUGUGAUUCUCAGCAACUAGUAUUAUCAGUAAUAUACUGCCUCCAACAGUGGAGGUAGAACAUAGCCACCAUGCCUAGUAGCCCUUGAUAGCCUUAUCCUCUAUGAAUUUGUCUAGUCCUCUUUUAGUAAAGUAAAGGGACCCCUGACCAUUAGGUCCAGUCGCUGACAACUCUGGGGUUGCGGCACUCAUCUCUCUUUACUGGCUGAGGGAGCCGGCGUACAGCUUCCAGGUCAUGUGGCCAGCAUGACUAAUCUGCUUCUGGCGAACCAGAGCAGCACAUGGAAACGACGUUUACCUUCCCACCAGAGCGGUACCUAUUUAUCUACUUGCACUUUGAUGUGCUUUUGAACUGCUAGGUUAACAGGAGCAGGGACCGAGCAAUGGGAGCUCACCCCAUUUUAAAACCAUUCAAAUUUUAAAAGCAUUCAAAUAGGUGUCCAUCAUCACAGCCUUUUGUUGGGAACAGAUUCCAUAGCUGUGGGUCCUGACUCUCCCAAUGUUCAGUUUCAUUGGAUGGAAGCAGAACGUGUGUGUGUCGAGUACCCCCUGGCAGAGGGCCCUCACCAAUCUACAGUGGGUUUGUGAGAGGUGCUGCCCUGUCAUUUGCUUAUCACCUGAAUUUGGGAAGAAGGGAGCUAUGAAACACCUGCUAGUUUGUUCUCUUUAGCCUGGAGAGCUAUGUCCACUUAGAUGCCUCUUUUCUCAUUCAGGUAGAAGCCGGUAAUACUUUGAAGGAUGUCAGUGAAUCCUUGCUGAUUGUGAAUGCUGAAGAUGGUGAAGAUGACCUGAAGCGCAAGGAGGCUGCCAGCUAUCUGUUCAAUGCAGUGAGCAACGUCCUUGAAGCUGCUGUGCAGAAUGGGACAGAGGAUACUGCUGGACCAGAGACUACACAGGUGGGUGCAUAACUAUGAAAGGUCAAAGAGCUAUAGCAUGCAAAAGUACCGUAUAUAUAGCAUAUUGUGGCUAUGGAAGGGUGUCAUGGACUGGCUGGACACACAGAGGAAUGGUGGGAGGCACCUGCUGGGAAACCAUCAAAGGAAGAAGGUUCAGAGUGUGGUUUCUUUCUUCUGUCAUAGAGUAUGGUGUCACUGCAGCUUCUAAACACCAUUGAAAACCUCCAGAGUGCUCUCUUGAUUGGGAAGUUGCCUGACAAUGAACCCAUGGUGCUCACAGCCCCCUCUGCAGCUAUGUACAUCAACCGGUAAACAGAUUUUGCUAUACUGCUUUUUCAUCACCCUCCAGGAAAAAUGUAGCAUAACUGCAGCAACCAGUAUCCCAUUAACUAUGUGGCAAGGCAACAACCCUAACAACAAAAAAUGACUUUGGAUUUUCCAGUGGGGAGUGUUUCAUUUGUAAGUCAGUUGAAAGAUCGGAGUCAAACAAGGUUACCUAGAAGGGAUUGUAGCCCUCAGGCUCAGAAAGGUUGCCCACCUGCGAUAUAGAGCUAGAUGGAGCAAUAGUCUGACUUGGUUUAAGGCAGCCUCCUAUGCUUUCUGCAUUGUGUGCAGAAUCCAAUCCCCAGCAUCUCUAGGUAGGGCUGAGAGAAACCUGCCUGAAACCCUGGAGAGCCACUGCCAGUCAGCGUAGACAAUACUGAGCUAGAUGAACCAAUGGUCUGACUUGGUAUAAAGCAACUUCCUAUGUUUUGGUUCCUACUUCUGUGAUUUUGUCUUCUUUGCUUCCAUCUUUUCUGACUUUUUUCUGCUCUUUCUCUGUAAAGGUUGCAGACGGACAGCGCAGACAGCACAUCCAUUCAUAUCUCUGACUCCAGCUCUGCCAGCUUCACUCUGCCCUCUGCCUCUUCUCUCAGCAUCUCAGGAGACAGAGACGAGACAGUGGACAUCAGGGCAAGUGUCCCGGUUUUAUUGCGCUUUAGCUUGCUCUGGGAAUUCAUUUUCUUCCUUUCUUAUUAAGGCUUUUAUUGGCUUUAAUAACAAUAUAAACAAUGGGACUAUAGAAACUGACCCACCUGUUCCCCACCUGCCCCAUAAAGGGUGGAAAAGGGGUGGUGGAAAGGUGUAGGGAACUAGAACAAACAGAAAUAGGAAGUACAUUUUACAAGGCUAAGUACAGAAAAAGAAUACUAAAGAAAAAGUUCAGGUCCUUUGAGAGGCAGAAAAGAAGUAGAUCAGCAGCAGAAGAAUUUUUAUGCAUUUGUAUUUUGUAGGGAUUUCAUCUGGUUUUGUAUGAAUGUGUUGAUAUUGUAUUUUACUUAUACUUAUAAAAAUGCUGGAAGUUGCUUGGAGACAUCUGUGUAACAAGCAACUAGCAAGUUAGAGGCAGAAGCAGAAGUUGUUGCAGUGGUAGUACAUUGGAGGUUUUUAAACAUAGAUUGGAUGGUCAUCUGCAUUGUGGGGGGUUGUGAGGUCCCUUCCAACUCUACAGUUCUAUGAUCAAACCUUUUUGGUGCUUAAAAAUCUCUUCCUGUAGAUGGUGAGCUUGUCUGUGAACCCCUUUUCCACAAGUGACAGCUUUGAUAUCCAUGGUGCUGUGGGAGGCCUCUCCCUCACCAGCCUAGAUGGGCUGGUUAUUCCAGUUAAGAACCUUACAGAAGACAUUGAGGUAAUUUUCCUUGUGUGCAUUUCUGAAGGGCAGGACCAUGUGCUUUUCUAAAAACAGGCCACUUCGUUCAUUCAUCAUUGCCAACCGUAUUGUGAUGAGGGGAGAAGCCCAGCCCACCAAGCACAUCCAGGCUUGGAUCCAACAUUAGUCUUACUUAUAGUAAAGCCAUGGAAAUUGGUGGACAUUAUUAACUAAGAUCUAUUAAUUUAAAUGGGUCUACACAAAGCAGGACUUAGUACAAGCAGCACAAACCACAGUUCGCCACCCCUGGCCUAUGGUCAGGGUGAUGGGAGUUGUAGUCUAGCACCAUCUGGAUGGCCACAGGUUAACCAUAGCAUCCAAGACAUGGUCUUAAGCAGAGCUUUCAAACUUUUCAUGUUGGUGGCACACUUCUUAGACAUUCAGUACUUCUUAGUAAUUCAGUUUUACUAGGAAAUCGGAGGUUAAAUUGACCUGUUUCCAGCCCUGGGAGGAGAGUGGGGAACAUUUGCAUGGCACACCUGCACACUGCAGCCAAGAUACUAAUGUGUCGCAACACACGGUUUGGAAAGUUCUGUCUUAAGGUAUUGAUGCAGGCACCUUGCUGAAGCCAAACAAGUCUGAAUUUGGGCAGUGCUUGGCUUGAGACUGCCUGGGAAGGGGAAACCCCAUUAAAGACAUCUGGAGUUCCAUAGAAAGAAGGUGGGGUAGAAAUGUAAUAUACAAACACACACACACACACUUGCAUUUAUACUUCAGUCUGGGUCUCCCUGCUUGAUGACAGCAUAGGUUUUUAAAAAUUUAUCAGGGUUUGGGGGCAUUUCCAGAAUUGAACUGUUGACAUUAAACGCAGAUAAUGCUGCCAAGGAAUUCAGCAACUGACAAUGACCUGAAUGUGUUGAAUCUGGGAAACUUCAAUGCUCUGCAAGUCAAUGUGACUUCAGUAAAUGCAUCUCUAGUGAUCCAUCUACAGCUGGACCAAGACAUUCCACUUAUCCUAUAUUUGGGAUAUGGCUAUCACCCCAACGAGACUGACUAUGAAUUGAUGACACGCCUUCCUCUCAACAGAAAUUCAAGAGGUAAAAAUAAACACUCUGAUAGAGGUCUGGUUGCUUGCUCAUCAACCGAAGGGUGAUGUAAGCCUGUGUAAAAACUACAAAUCUUUCAUGCAGGUUAGUUUGAGAAUUAAGGGGUUUGUUUAUAAAACCUUACUUGGGAAACCAAUUGGAAGGUGGUAAAACCAUUGAGAAAGACACAAACUGUAGGCAAUGUUUGCAAGUGCUUUGUGGCUUGGGCUUUAAGGGGCUUGGGUAGCCUGAGGGUACCAGAUGAAAGAAAGGCAGAUCAAAGUGAGUGUCCGAUGACAAGGAAGACAGCACUCCAAAAAAGGAGGAGGAGCUGCAACUCUAAUGCAAGAAUCUUUAGAGAGAAUGUUAUGUUGAGAGACUGUUUAGUCUGAGGGAAAGCUGGGUGCAUUUAACCUCUUUAUUUCACUAUACUCUUGUUGGUCCAUUUGGGGUUUGCACUGUGUACAUGGAACCUUUCUUACGUUACAACCUUUCCCACUAAGAACAACCUUUUAAUCUUUUUAGUAGACUUUUAAUCAUGACUUAUAAAACCUUUGUGGUCUCUUGUUAAUGUUUCAAAGCCACGUUAUAACCACGUAAAAAUGUUAUAAAUAAAGCAAUAAGCAUUGCUUAAUCUGAUCAUACUUCCCUAGACUUCAGUUCAUCCACAUCUGUUCCAGAUGUUGUAUAUUCUUGGAUCCUUCACCCGGAAGACCUUAUUUUUGGAGAAGGGACCUACUAUUUCAUUGUGAGACCAGAAACAGAACUGGAGUCCAUGGCCACCCAUGACAUAAAUGUUUCUGUCACUUGCUUUGUCUCCCAAUGUGUAUUCUGGGAUGAGCACCAAGGGAACUGGAACAGCUAUGGAUGCCACGUGAGUAGACAGAAUAUAAUGCAGUGGAGGGGCAUCCCGAGUAAUGAAAUUUGGGGGAGGAUCACAGCUUAGUGGUAGAGCACCAGCCUAGCAUGCAGAAGGUCCCAGGUUCAGUCCCUGGCAUCUCCAGGUAGGGCAGAGGGAGGCUUCUGCCUGGAACAUUGAAGAACCACUGCCAGUCAGAGUAGGCUGUACUGAGCUAGACAGAACAAUAGUCUGGCUCAGGAUAAGGCAGCUUCCUCCGUUCCUGUAAGGAAAAAAAAUCUACUCACAAGGUUUGCACAAAGUCACAAGCUUGUGAGUGGGUAAUUUUGGAUUCUUAUAGGAAUGUAGGGAUAGAUAGGUAGUCAUAAAGACAACUAUUCCUUGGCUUGCAGGUUGGCCCCAAAACAAACCCCAAUGGCACUCAGUGUCUCUGUAACCACCUGACAUUCUUUGGGAGCUCUUUCUUUGUGAUGCCAAACUCCAUCGACGUCAGCAGAACGGUGGAGUUGUUUGCCACCUUUGUGGACAACCCUGUGGUGGUGACAACUGUGGGCAGCAUCUUCCUCGUGUACCUGCUGGUUCUGAUCUGGGCCAGAAGAAAAGACAUCCAAGAUGAUGCCAAAGUAAGUCUUGUUCUCAGCUAGAACUUUUAUCUGGAAGCUGUUGGUUGCUUAGAGCAUUCUUCAACUGAGCAUUCUUCAAUACAGGGGUACCUUGGUUCUCGGAGUCCAUUCCAGAAGUCCAUUCGACUUCCAAAAAUGUUCGGAAACCAAAGCGUGGCUUCCCAUUGGCAGCAGGAGCUUCCUGCACUCAAUUGGAAGCCACGUCAGCCGUGUUGGACAAUCGGCUUCCAAAAAACAUUCGCAAACCAAAACACUCACUUCCGGGUUUGUGGUGUUCGGGAGUCACAAGGCGUUCCAGAACCAAGGUACAACUGUACAAUAAUAAAUAUUUUUCCACUGUGCGGCUCUUUGUCAUCCUUGCUGAAAUGUACACUUUGCAAUUGUAAUAGACUUUUGUCUACUUGAUCGUAAACUUCCUCUCAUUAAUACGUUGAUGUUACAGUCUUGUGCCUUUCGGCACGUUUUUGUAGUUGUUACAUAGAGCUGUGCCUUUGUAUAUGACUUGUUUUCAUACUUCUUUAAACUGCCCUGAAAUCUCUCGAAGAAGGGUAGUUAAGAAAUAUUUUAAAAAUAUGUAUUUUUGAGAUGGUGCAAAGAGGAAGAGGUAAUCAGCAUUCCAUUUGAAGACCCUAUGUGUUUCCUUCGAGGUGUAAAUAAUUAUGGGGUGGGGUGGGGAAUCCCUCAGCAAAAAACAACAACACCUGGUCCUAUUUCCAGGUACGUCUUAGAUUCAGAUCUAGUAAUCAUUCUCCUCUUCCCUACAUUACAUAUUUUCAUUCGUCAUUUGCAUGUCUUUGCUGAUGCUGCCAUAAAAUCUCCAGGUGAAGAUAACGGUUUUGGAGGACAACGACCCCUUUGCUCAGUAUCGCUACCUGGUGACUGUUUUUACCGGACACCGUCGAGGCUCAGCUACAACCUCCAAGGUACCAAUGGGGUCCUGGGCAUUGUUGCACACGAGUAAGGAGCUGUAGCUCAUGCCUGAAACCCUGGAGGCUAUAAGUGCAAAUCAUAAAUCAGUAAAUAGUGAGACAGCCCCUGGUCGUGUUCACGCACACCUGCAUUUGCUCCAUUCAGACACCUAUUCACAGCUCAGGAUUGGGUGGCAUGCAAGUACAGUAAAAGCAUGAACAAUUGCUAUUCCAGGUGACUCUGACCUUGUACGGCCAGGAAGGGGAGAGUGAGCCACACCACCUGGUGGACCCCGACAUGCCAAUCUUUGAGCGAGGAGGAGUGGAUGUCUUCCUACUGUGUACCCUGUUUCCUCUCGGGGAACUGCAGAGCAUCCGGCUGUGGCAUGACAAUUCAGGAGGCAGCCCGUCCUGGUAUGCAAGGGGCAAAGAGGUGGAACAGGGGAAGGGUCAUCCUUUAAACUAGGGCUGGGAAAGAGGAGCCAGCUGAUAGGCUGGAUUCUGAGUUCCCCCAUGGGCAGUAGCAGCCACUGAGGCAGAGCCGGGUGAGGAGACGCUGCUCACCUGUUUUCCCAAUGUGGAGGUUGCUGCUGGUAACUGAGAGGGAGAGGGGUGAAGUUGGCUUGGUAAAUCAUGGUCAAGAGUGGAUUGGCUAGGGUGCCCAAUUGCAUAAGAACAAUCACCCAUGGCACAAAAUACUGCAGUGGGGGCUCUGGUGCACUUGUGUUGCGCGAACCUAUCCCAAAUCAGUGCCGCUAGCUUCUUUCUGUUGUUUUUGUUCACAGGUAUGUGAACCGUGUGCUGGUUCAUGAUGUGGCCACGGAUCAGAAAUGGUAUUUCCUCUGCAACUCUUGGCUAGCCAUUGAUGUCGGAGAUUGUGUCCUCGAUAAAGUUUUCCCCAUAGCUACUGAGGAAGAUAUGAAGCAGUUCAGGUAUGUUAGGCUGGACCAGAAGGAGCAGUUUCCUCUGGCUGCUUUGGCCCUGCCAGAAAUGCUUCCACUGGUUAUGAAGUAGAGAUUCCCUUGCACAUGGGUUUUGUAGGUAAUGCAGAAGUGUGUGUGUGCGUGUGUAAAAUUAAUAGGGUAGUGGGGCUGGUAUGAAUGCCAUCUUUGUGUCCCCUGCAAGCCUGUAGCUUUAUAUCUGUAAGUUGUAGUUCUAGAGUGGAAGGAACUACUGAAGUUAAUGGCCACCAAGACUGUUAAACAUCUUUUUACAUGACUGAAGAAUUGGCCAAGUAUAGGUUUGUUGCCAUAGAAAUGAUUAGCUAGUAAAACUUACAGAAGGAGGCGGAAGGUCUUCUCCCCACUCCCUGGCCCCUGGUUGGAGGUCGUGUCACCCUAGGUGUAAGAGAACAACAAGCCAGGGGCCAGUCUGGGAAGACAGAUGCUCCCCACCCAGCUAGAGUUUAUUAACAGGGUGAAGACUACAAGUCACACCAGAAUGAUUUAUGUGACUCUGGUGGUUUCAUUUGUCUGUGUUGUCAUGAAGCCAUGUAUCCACGAAACAGUCUUACGUUUUAGCUUAAAAUAAAUGUUACUCGUGGUCCAACCUGACACCUUCUUUGCUCCUCUGCAGCAAUCUGUUUUUCAUGAAGACCUCAAAGGGUUUCCGUGAUGGGCAUAUUUGGUACUCCAUUUUCAACCGCUCACCACGCAGCUCCUUCACGCGAGCCCAGAGGGUAUCCUGUUGCUUCUCACUGCUUCUGUGCACCAUGCUGACCAGCAUCAUGUUCUGGGGUGUGCCUAAGGAUCCAGCUGACCAGAAAAUGGAUUUAGGUAACUGCAUGCCAGCCUUACCACUUGAGUUGGAACUGUGGUGAGAGUUAAGACGGAUUGCUGAACAAGGAAGGGGUUCUAUAGAUCUGAAGGGUUCUUCUUGCUUUGGACUUUAAGCAGGCUGCUACUUUGUUCAUUUCUUCAGUUAUUUGGGAAUAACCAUACUGGCCUACUCUGCAGGGCUGUUUGCGAGAUUUCUGAGAUUAUCCAUGUAAAGCACUCUGAGUGUGUGAAACCUGCUAUAUAAAUGCUUACUAGAAAAGCUUUCCAGCAUGCAUGGCUUCUUAAGCAAAGAACAUGGAUUCAUCAGGUCAGAGUGUUGACAUCCCAAAUUUUGCAAAUGAAUGCCUCUGUAAUGAACCACGUUUGGGAUUUGUAUUAGCAAAGGAGGAUAGUUUGUUUGGAGUAUGGAAUGUUAGGUAGGGAGGAAUGUUGCAUAUAUGUUUGGAAUGUUGGAGUGUUAAGGUAUGGAAUGCUGGGACUUUAACAGGAAUUUAGCUGGUUGCUGUUGCAAGAGGGUGGAGAGUAGAGGGAAUAAGCAGAAUGAGAAUGGGUUUAGGAAAAUAGUAGUUCUAAUGACUUUCAUCCCAGUCUUCAGUUUUCUGUGAAUUUGUUUUUAUUCCUGAAAGACUCUAUUGUUCUAGAAGUACGUAUUAGGUAGUUUCUCAUUAAAAUGCAAAGAAAAUGAAAAUUCUAACUGAUCCCUAACUGCAAAGCCUCUCUUCUGCCUGAUAUUGCCAGGUAAAAUAGAGUUCACGUGGCAGGAGGUGAUGAUUGGCUUUGAGAGCUCCCUCCUCAUGUUCCCCAUCAACUUGCUCAUCGUCCAGAUCUUCAGGAACAUCCGGCCUCAGCCUAAGAAAGAGAAGAAACCAGGGAAAAGUGGGCGAGUGUCCCCAGACCUACCUGCGCCUCUGCACCAAGCUACUCAGAAUAUGUCACUCACUCCGGAGGCUGUGAUCAAGGCAAGCCACGUGACUAUACAAAGCUGCCUAAUGCUGAGUCAAACAUGCUUUGCCUACAGAAGGUGCCAUCUCCACUUAGAAGGACAAAAGCAGAAGGUCUCAGUUUUAAUCCCCAGCAUCUGCAGGUAGGGCUGAAAACAAGCUCCUGCCUAAAACUCUGGAAGCCACUGCUAGGCAGUCUUGAAAAUAUCAGGAAGCUUCCUAUGUUCUCUGUUUGAGACCCUUCCAGUCAGAACAGACAGUACUGACCUACAUGAACAAAAUAGCUUGACCUGGUGACAAGGCAAGCUUUCAUGUUCCUUUUGCUCCACCUGACACUGGUGACUCUGAUGAAAUGGUUUAUAAACUCUCUUAAAUUUAAAUAAACAAACAAACAAGAUUCUGGGCAUGAGGAUUUUAUCCACCCACACCCCCAUUCUUUAAAGUGCAAUGUGUAUUUCUCGAUUUGAGAAUCUGGUAAACUGCCCUUCUGGUUUUGCAGACUGCCUGCCCUCUAUCUGCUGCAUGGGGCCUGGGAUUUCUGCCCCAAAAUCCUCCUCUGAUGGCUCCACUGCCCCUGUGCAAUCAAGGACACAAUGCCUGAUCAGUAUAGGGUCAAUUUCAUGAUCAUGAUAAUAUGUAGUCGCUCCUCUCCUCCAGCAUUUUAUUUCUUUGGAAAAGGAAUUCAAGUUUAUAUAAAGACCUCCCCGUUCUCUCUCUCCCUCCCUCUCCUCCUUACAAAUGGUAUAUAGGAGGACGUCCAACAGGUAGAUCACAAUCUACUGGUAGAUUGCGGGGUGUUUCUGGUAGAUACUGGUCAAUCUCUGGAUCUCCUUCCCCCCCAAAAUAAAGAAUAAUUUAAAAAGCUCAACAACUACUGCUUCCUCAAAAAAGCUCAACCACUCUGGCUUCCUAAGAAAAGCUGAACGCUGAACAACUUUGCCUCUCCAAAAAAAGUUCAGCAACUUUGAUCCAUCCAAAGACAAUAGGUAGAGCACAGUCAGUUUCUUUAUACUGUGAGUACAUCACAGUCUAUUGGGAGUUGGACAUCUCUGGUAUAUAAGAACAAAGGAAACUGCCUUAUACUGAGCCAGACACAACAGUCCAUACAGCACAGUAUUGUCUACACUGACUGGCAGCUGCUCUACAGUGCUUUCAGGCAGGGUUCUCUCCCAGUCCUAACUGGAGAUGCUGGGUAUUGAAACUGGAGCCUUCUGGAUGCAGAACAGGUGCCCUAACACUGAGCUGUAGCAUGUCCCCUAAUUGCAAGAUUCUGUUCAUCUUUCUUUUUGGGAAGAGGGGGAUGGUGUUUUUUUAGGGUUUGGGCAUGGAUCAAGGUGGGGAAAACCUUGCAUGUUUUCUGCAUGAAACCAACACAGAUGGCAUUUUCAUAAUCUUGGCAAAUUUGGAGUUUCUUUCCCAUUGCCACCAUAUCUUUUGAUUCCAUACAGGAUAUCAGGCGAAUUGCCAACUCCCUGUUCAAAACCCUCAAGGCCCCACUGCCUUCCCCAGACCCUGAUUUUGGCAAAUCGACUGACAUCAACAAGCUCUUGGCCUUGGUUGAGGACAUUAUCUGCCAGCAGAACAGGAUCGGACAGGAAUUUUAUGAUGAGAGCAAGAAGAAAGAUGAUCCAAUUAUCAUCACCCUCGGCUUGGUGGAUUUACAAGGUAAGUUACAAGCUGGCAAUUUCCGAUGCAGCAAAAUUCCGGUAAGUGAAGGUGAUAACAGCUCCCAAGGACACAGAACCAUCUGGCAGGCAACACGGUCCUAGCGGCUGACAUGCUCACUCUCUGAGAUAGUUCACCAGGGCCAGCCUGAGACAUUUUGCUGCCUGUUGGGGCAAAAAAAAUCCUAAUUUCACACAUAUGUUCAUUGGGUUGGAACUGCUGGUGGCUGACCAGGAACGAGACCUUGGGAUUCUAGUGUGCGGCAACUGUGAAAAAGGGGCAACUUUCAUGUUAGGAAUGAUUAGAAAAAUAACUGAAUAUAAAACUGCCAAUAUCAUAAUGCCUUUAUACAAAUCUAUGGUGUGACUACAUUUGUACUGUUCUGGUCACCUUAACUCAGAAAGCGCAGUGUAAAGUUGCGAAAGGUUCAGGAAAAGAGCAAGCAAAACGAUCAAGGGGUGGAACAACUCCCUAUGGGGAAUGUUUGCUGCGUUUGGGGCAUUCUAGUUUACAGAAAAGGUGAGUUCAAGAUGACAUGCGGGAAUCACAGCUAAGGAAUCUCUGACAAGUAGCCAUCCAACUUCCCGUGAAGAAGAGUCCAUUCCACCAUCAAACAGCUGUUACAAAUGACUGUGUUCUUUUAAUUUCCAAGUAAACAACUUUUAGUUUUCCUCUCCCUCUAGAAAAGACAAGGACUCCAACUCCAGAAAAAGGAGUGGGUGAAAGGCUGAAGCAUCGAGACUACAACCGCUGCCUCUACAUGCAGCUGCAGCAUGUGGAGAUGGAGAUGGAGCUGUUGGGGCCUCACAGAUUCCAGAGCCCACAAAGCUACUCCCAGGCUGUGAGGCAGGUUCGGCACAUGAAGGACUUCCUGGAAAGCCAGCUGUGCUCUGCAGCAUCCAUCAGCGAGAGGUAAAAUGAUGGGUUUGGGGAAGGUCCAGGGGCCUCAUGCCAUUGCCCAUGCAUUUAUCUUACAUAAGAACAUUUACAAGCUUUGCCUUGUUGACUUUUUCCUCAUAGGACUCCUAUGAAAUAGGUUUGUUAUUCCCAGUUUACAGUUUAGGGAAGGGAAACCUGAGGCCAAAAAUCCACCAUAGGGCCACAGGUUGUACUCAGUUAAGCUUUGCUCAGAUUAGACCUACUGAGAUGAAUAGACCUAAGUUAAUUGUGUCAUUUGAUUUCAGUGGGUCUACUCUGAGUAUGACCAGCAAUAGAUGUAAUCUAACCAAAAUGUCACAAAGUAGCGUGCAGGCUUUUGAGUUCACUAGAACACUUCAUCAAGCUAGACAGUAAACAGAGUGGGGGAGGAAAACGGGGUGGGGAGAAUGAGGGAAAAAAGUUAGCUCAUGUGAAGUCAUGGAGUCUGCAGGAUGGAAUUAAGAUGUUUUAAGAUGGAAUGAGGGACAAGGAAGCAGAUAUUCAAACUCCUGUUUUGAGAAUAUAAAAUUCAAUAGUUAAUCUGUCAAGAGAUUUUUUUAUCUAAGGCCACACAGUGAGUGAAUGGCUGAGGGAUGACAAGGACCAUAUCCCUACCAUACUUUUAAAGCACUCUUUCACACUUGUUAUCUUUUUCAUUCAACAUUCUGCCCCCUCCCGGUUAAGAUGCUUAUUUAGCAUUUUUUACCACUGCUUUGAGCUCUUGUAUAUGUCAUGUAACCCAGCUUUCUUGCUUCACCAGAGGCUCACCAACUCCCAGCAUUCUUGGAGAUGGCAAGAAGGAACCAACACCCAAAGGCCUGCCCUGGUGGUGUGUCUUCAUUGGCUGGUCUCUGGUGGCCAUCACCAGCGGCGUAUCGGGAUUCUUCACAAUGCUGUACGGGCUGCAUUAUGGGAAGGACAACUCCAUCAAGUGGCUGAUCUCCAUGGCCAUCUCCUUCUUUGAAAGCCUUUUCAUCACACAACCCUUAAAGGUAGGCUCCCCUAGGAACAUUAGAAAGCUGCCUUAUAUUGAGUCAGACCACUGCUCCAUCCAGCUCAGUAUUGUCUGCACUGACUGGCAGCUCUGCACUCUCCAGGGUUUCAGGCAGGGGUCUUCCACAACCCUUCUUGGAGAUUCUGCAUGCAAAGCAGAUACUCUACCACUGAAGACUGCCCUUCCUUUUCAUCACAGGCUUUAGUUACAUAAGGUUCAAUAGCAGAAGCUCCAUUUACAUGUAUGCAUAUAAGUGGGAAUGUCGGUCAAUGGUCACAGCAGGAUAUUCAGGGCUUGGAAAUGAAGAGGGGAUAUGCAUUGCUCACCAAGGGUUUUGUUACUGUGGACCACUUGCAGAAGGGAUGCUAUGGACGCCUCUGGAUAUGCACUUUCAUUUAUCUGCUUUUAUCUGCUUGUUGCUAGCCUAAGGCCAAAUCAGAGUACCAAGAGGCCAUCUAAAUAUAUGUGGGAAGAAUUGUAGGGCUUUGUUUCGUCUUUUAAUUUAAUGUCUAUACUACAAAUGUAAACUGGUUUCAAAUCUCUUUAAGCAUGAGUCUGAACAAAGAGAAGCCUGGAAAUUGUAGUUAUUGGUUUAACUACAGAAUUGCUGGCACCUUCAAAAACCAUAGUUCUAACGGUGCAUUAUCUUAAUUUGAUAUGUGCAAGGCAGCCUUCAUUAAUCAGUGGCAUGCUAUUUGUGCCGUCUUCAGAAAGACUGAAACAGAUUCCUGGUGGCCAGAUUUUCCAAUAUUCUACGGGCUUCAUCUGCAUUUAGAAAACACAAUAUCUUUACUGCCAAUGCAAGGUGUCAGAAAUAGAUAUUUUACAAUAAGCUUAUCUGUGCCAAAAUAUGUUUCUAGAUCUGCAACAACUGUUUUCCAGGUACUGGGGUUUGCUGCUUUCUUUGCUCUGGUUCUUAAAAAGGUGGAACAGGAAGAUGAGGAAAACACAUCUAUCAAUGGCCCAUUGUCUGCCCCAGGUAACUUAUUAAGCUAUUUUAAUAACAUGGCCUAGAAUAACAUUAGCCUUCCCUAAUCUGGUGUCCUUCAAAUGUAGCUGAACUAUAACUGUCACCAGCCCUGGCUAUUGGUCAUGCUGACUGUGUCUGAUGGGAUUUGGUGUUCAAAACAUCUGGAGGGCUGCUGAUUGGGGAAAACUGACCUAUAAUUUAUUUCCCCUGGCUUUGCAAAAUAUCACGACCAGGCUUUGAUGGUAGGACAGAGAAAGCUAGAAGUAGUUGUUGUAAUUUAAAGUCCUCCUUCUGUUUGCCACCCAUCAAGCUCCCAAAAGAAGGGGACUGCAGAGAAGGCCUUCUGAGGACUGUCUUAACAGCUAGGCAGGUUCAUACGGUAGACUUGCUCCUCAGCUUCUAAAGGAUUGAGGAAGAGCAAAGUGCUGAAUAGGGGCAAGUCUACCAAUAACUGCACAGUUUGUGUAACCUGCAUGUGCAAAUAGUUGCGCACUCAUGUUAUUCACAGUAAUGUUCAAUUGUUGUACUGUCUGUGUACCUAUGCACAUAGUGGCUGAGCUGUACAGAUCAACAAGUGUGCCCUCUUUCAUGCAAACAGUGGCGUAGCGUGGGGGGUGCAGGGGGGGCCGGCCGCACCGGGCGCAACAUCUGGGGGUUAGGGUUAGGGGGCGCAAAUCCACGGGUUAGGGGGCGCAAAUUAUUUGCCUUGCCCCGGGUGCUGACAACCCACGCUACGCCACUGCAUGCAAACACUGGAAUACGGAUAGAAACAGUUUGAACUUGUGUUCAGUACAUCAUGCAAACAAGCCUGAUAUCAAGGGACAUCCUCUUCUGCAAUUUGUGGACCAUAAGGGGCAACCAGGACUCAGGAGCAUCAGGUUUCCCUUGUGAAAUUGCCUCUCGUUGUCACAUCAGUUUCACUGGCAAAAUUAGCACGCUGUACUGGACACCUGCCCAGUUUCCUUGUCAUCUUUGAAAAGUGGAAGUUUCACUGCCUGUACAGCAGAGCUCCUCGCUCCACUUAGGCCCUUUUCUCGCUUGUGCAGAGAUCUAUUUUUAUCUCACCUUAAGCCAAACAUAUUCUCUCCUGCCCAUUUCAAUAGCCAUGAUGGGUGUUAGAUCACAUGCACUGUUUGAUAUCGAUGACCUUUUCUUUGCUCCAGUCAGUCUACGCUUUUUUGUCCAUAAUCCAAGGUACUAGGUAAGUUUGUGCUAUUUUCCAUUUCUAAAUAAUUCAGCUUCUCCAUUGAAGUUCCUAAAGGGGUUUUUGAAUAUGUAUCCUUUGUUUUCCUAGUAAGAACCCAGUGCAGGUUACAUAAACAAUUGUAUCAAAUAAGCAUCUUAGCCUAAAACAGAAGGGCAGUCAGCAUUAAAAACCAGCUUACGGUUGGUGAUGGAAGACUGAGUAUUUAUAGAGAGUUGUUUUUUUUAAAUCAAACUAUCGUAUUGCUGUUUUAUAAUUAACAAUAUACUGAUAGAUUUUGUGGAGGCAAAGUGCAAUCUAUUCCAUGUUUAUCUGGAGGCAAGUCCCAUAGUGUUCAGUAGGGCUUUCUCCCUAGUAAGUGUGUUUAGGAUUGCUAUACACGCUUAACCGAACAGUGAGUCACACUGAAGUCAUUAGUUUCUCCUUCUGAGUCGACAAACGUAUAUAAGAUCACACUAUUAAUCAGCUAGUGGGGGGAGGGGACCUGUUACUGGACUCCAGCUCCCAUCAUCCCUGACCAGCCUACUGGGGCUGGUGGGAACUGCAGUCCAACAACAACUGGAGGACCACAGGUUUCCCACGUGCUGAGGAAGUGACUGCAAGGAGAUAUACAAAGUAGCCUGCAAUCCUUCCUGCUUGUCUGUCUAUAAUUGUGCCUGGAAAUGGUCAAGAAACCAAAGAAGCUUUCAUUGACUUUGUAUUUGAAGGUUGUGGCCUUGACCUACAGAGCUCUAAAUGAGCUGGGUACCUAAAGGAGUGUGAAUGUCCUUGGUAGCUUGGGGCACAUCGUACUGUUGCUAUUAAAAUGUAUUUUCUGUAGCAUGAAAAAUAAGUAAGAACUUUAUGCAAAAACAACCACAAACCCUGCCCCCAGACUGUUGCUAUUUUGGGGUGGGGUUUGAUAACUAGAAUGUGCCUUUGAGCUCCUGAUGAUGCUUCUUGCUUGCCUGGAUAGACAGGGACGUGUGAGCAUUGUUGCUCCACCCACUUUUGCUUCUGACCCUGCCCACCACUGAAAUGUGACCAUUGGAAGGAUGCCUAGAAGAGAAUGAUUCCUCAGGCUGAAAAAGAUUCCCCAGCCCUGAUGUAGGCUAUCAAAACUAGCUCUAGGGCUAGUCUAAAUUAGGCUUUCCCAAUGGAAACUGCACUUUUCAUACAGCCAAGAAUGCGCUACCUGAGAUUGGUGACAUAGGCCUAUUGCCAUGGAUUCACAGUCUCCAAACAUUGUCCCUCUCCUAUUGUUUUCAGCUGAUAAAUUCCAGGCUAGUAAUAGGCCUCUGCCUCCUCUUCCUGUACAGGUGACUCAAACCCUAUCUUUGGAGCCCGCAGGGACAGCGGAAGCAACAUCUACCAGCCUCCCCCUUCUACCGACAUUGAGAAAAUGAAGAAUAACCGCAUCAAGGAGCAGAAAGCAUUUGCCCUGAUUAGAGAAAUAUUGGGUACUUUUAUGAUUGCAUUCUAAACAUACUGUGAGGGGAGAGAGAAUGGGCUUUAAAAGAAGGCAUGAGUUGGGGAGUUACUUAUUUCCUUGUCAAGAAGACGGGGACAACAGGCGCCACUGAUUCACAUAAAAUGUGCUUGUCUAAUUUAUAUGUAUAGAUGCACAUUCAGAAAUGAUUACUGUAAACGUAAAUAGAAAUACAAUAAUCUCAUCAUGGGGAAGACUGAUCAGGUGAGCUGUGUGCCGGGUGCUGCUGUGGUCUAAACCACCGAGCCUCUUGGGCUUGCCAAUUGGAAGGUUGGAAGUUUGAAUCCGCACGAUGGGGUGAGCUCCUGUUGCUCUGUCCUAGCUUCCGCCAACCUAGCAGUUCGAAAGCAUACCAGUACAAGUAAAUAAACAGGUAAGGUAAAUGUAAAGUGAGUGGGUGGCACUGUAGUGGGAAGGUAAACAUCAUUUCCAUGCGCUCUGGCACUUGUCACGGUCCUCCAUGCACCAGUAGCAGUUUCGUCAUGCUGACCAGAUGGCCCGGAAAGCUGUCUGUGGGCAAACACCGGCUCCCUUGGCCUUGAAAAGCUAGAUGAGCACCACAUCGCAUAGUUGCCUUUGACUGGACUUAACUGUCCAGGGGUCCUUUACCUUUUUUACUGCUCGCUGUUGAUAGACAACUUUCAAUGCCCCUUCUGCCUUGAAACAAGGCCCUCUCUUCUUUAUAGGGUUCUUUAUCUUUAAACUGGAUUUGGGCUGGGCAAUAGGGAACUCUUCAAACAGAAGAUUGUCCUCUGGGCCAUUAAAAACAAACCAACAAGGACAAGCCCAGUUUAGAGAAGCUAUUCUCUUAAGUGGUCCACAAAGUAAACAUGGGAUGUUACCUUAGGGACCGUAAGCACAGUACAAUUUUUUGUGUGUGCAAGACCUUAGUAUUUAAAAAUUAGAACCAAAUGGAAAUGGAUAUUGCCCCUCAUAAAAACAUAUGCCACAAUCAUUACGCCGUAAUCCUAACCAGUGGAAUCUUAACCAUAUCUACGCAGAAUUCAAUAGGACUUACUCCCAGGUAACUCAGUUACGAUUAGGGUGGCAAUGUUUGCUGUUGUGUUCUUGCACACUUCUUGAAUUGUUUUUUAAGGUGUGUUUGCAAAGGUACAGAAAAACCUGUGUUCGUACUACAAUUGCACAAAGUAGAAUGAGCCUUUUGCAAUGUAUUAGCUCCUGUCUAGAAGCACCAUUGGAAACCUAUUGGGUUUCUUCUUUGCUUUCAUAUUGCUUUGCUCUCCUCUCCCCAGCCUACUUGGGUUUCUUGUGGAUGCUGCUUUUGGUUGCCUAUGGGCAGCGUGAUCCUAACUCCUAUUACCUGAACAAACACAUUGAGAACAGCUUCACAGACGGAUUCCAAGACGUCUUCAGUUAUCAGGACUUCUUCAAAUGGGCCAGAACCACCUUAGUCAGCAACUUGUACAGCUCACACCAAGGUACAGAAAUUCAUUUCAUUUUGUUUCAUUUCAGUUAUUUAUUAAAUUUCUAUGCCACCCUUCAUCCAAAGAUCAGGGGCAGUUUACAAUAUAAAAACACAAAAAUACAUAACAGAGUAACAAACAAAAAACCCAUAUAUUGUUUAAUGAGCCGAAGGCCUGGGAAGAGUCCCAAAGCCCAGAUACAGAGGCAUGGAAGGCUCCAUUUGGCCCUCUGGGCCUUAGGUUUCCCGUCUCUGCUUUAAAGCAUCUCCUCUUCCAAUAUACUGCUGUCUGUACCCUAAAGUCAUCAGUGGAAGCCAUUCUGCAAGUACCCCCUGAGAAAGUGGCUGUAAGAGAGAGGGGCCGUCUCUCUUGUGGCUCCUCUGUUAUGGAGUGCUAUAUCUUGGGAUAUUCACCCGGUGCUUACAUUAAUUUAUUUUUUUGGCACCAGACACUUUUCAGUUCACCGAGUUGUGUUUUUUAAGGGCUUUCUUGUUUUAGCAUGGACAUAUUUUUAAUUUAUUACUGGAAUAAUUUUAGGCUCAGCUGGCUGUGUUUUUUAUCCUUAUGGUAGCAAUGAGGAGACUGAAACCUAGGGGCCAAAUGUGCCCCACCAGGGCUCUGUCUGGCAUUCAGACUCUGGCCCAGUAGGAGAUGCAGCCCUUCGACUGAAAAAGACCUGCCUUUUAAAGGAUUUUAGCCUUAUGAAGUUUUUAUACGAGCAAAUACAGUUAGCAUUGCAUUGUGCUGCCUCAGUUGCUGCUUCUUAGUCUCUGUUUCUUUGCAUCUUGUGCUUUUAUUACGAGGGUUUGCUUGUCACUCAGACGACAUUGCCAUAAAUAAAUAAAAUGAGUAAAUAUAAAACUGUUGGUAGGGUACAAAUUAACUUUGAAAGCAUUGCAAAUGACUGUGGAAGGAUUUGCCUUUUCAAACACUUUCUCUCCCCCUCCCCCCUUAAAUUUCAACAAGGCUUUAUCACAGAUGGCAACUCCAAGCUGGUGGGCAGUGCCCGGAUUCGCCAGGUGCGAGUGAAGGGCAACUCCUGCCCAAUAGAUCCCAAACUGCAGCUGACGGUUGGCAAGUGCCAUGCUUCUUAUUCUUUCGACACAGAGGACAUGGCAGACUAUGGAGCGCACUGGAACGUCUCUUCCUUUGAUAACUCAUCAGAACUCAGUUCUGCAUGGCAGUAUCAGAGUCAGUCCAAACUGAGAGGGCACCCAAUCUGGGGCAAACUGGCUGUCUACAGAGGUGGUGGAUAUGUGGUUCACUUGGGGACAGAUGCCCACAAUGCCUCCAGGUAGCUUAUCUCUGCUUUUUUGUGCUUCCACUGUAGUAGUGGUAGCAGCAGUAGUUUAAUCAGUUAGAUUAAUUCAGGGGUUGGGAAUCCUUGGCCCCACCUGGUUCUAGGGUCCCAUCCCACCCAUUAGCAGUUCAAUGGGAAGCAACCAAGCAAGAGAAGAUGGGGUGUUGAUGUUUUGCAAAGCAUGCAGUUGCAGCUCCAGAUUUAGUACAGAUUGGGAAAAGUCUUAGUAAAGAGGUAAACUUACGUUUCCUUGCAAAUAUGCCAUAAGCAUUUCUGCAUUUUCUAAUUGCAUCCAUGCCAUUUCCAGGGUGUGACUACAUUUUGAAGUUUGGGACUUUGAAUAGCUGUUAGGCAAGGCUUGCUUUUCAAUGGUGUAUUGAUAUUAUUUGUAUUCUCCUGGAGCUGUAGAGUUCUUUUUACCUUUUACACAGUCAAGCCAGAUAAAGUGGGGUUGAGGGUGUCUAUGCUGGCUGUGGCUAAUGAGAGUUGUCUUUCAAACCAUCUGGAAGGUGCUAGGUUGGGAAAGGCUAGUUUAGACCAAUGGCUGAUCUAAGGGCAUUUCAAAUGUUCUGGAUUGAAUGCUUUGUUACUGCAGGAAAUGGGGUUCCACCCUCUUUUCUGCUGGAUCUUCAGAUUGGAUUUGGCAACCUCUUGACUCCUUAGCAUCUUAACAUUUUUAGGACCUCAGCAUGUGAUUACACAUUCCUCACUUUGUAUUUUGGCAGAAUCCUCCAGUACCUCUUCAAUAACGUUUGGCUGGAUACAUUUACGAGAGCCGUGUUUGUUGAGUUCACUGUCUACAAUGCAAAUGUGAACCUCUUCUGCAUUGUAAGCCUCAUGUUUGAAACCAAUGCCUUAGGUAAGAGCCUGACAUCUGUGCCAGUGUUUUCAUGAAAGAAAAAAGCAGUGCCUACAUUACUCUGGGAGUUUGCCUGGCACAUUUUGUCUCUACAUUACUGUAGUAAUUCAAUACCAGCUCAGCAUAUUACAUGGAUACAGUGAGCCAGACAGAAAAAGGAACAGGGUUUCCAUACCUUUAACAGCUACAAUACAUAGAAGAGGGCAUUUCAUAUUUGUACAGUUUGUCUUAACCCUCCACAAUAAGCUGUACCUGCUGUCCGACAGAACAGAAUACUGACUUCUGCUUUGAUUUCACAGGGGCCUUCUUCACGCGGUCUGAGCUGCAGAGUGUCCGGCUUUAUCCAUACACAGAUGGUCUGCAUAUCUUUGUGAUAGCAGCAGAAGUCAUUUAUUUCCUCUUUGUCAUCUACUACAUGGUGGGACAGGUAAGGAUAUCAGACAAGCCCUGCUGGAUCAAGCCAAUGGUCCAUUUGCUCCAGCAUCCAACAGUAGCCAGCCACAUAUCUCUGUGCGCAGUAGCACUCUUUUGCUCUUGGUUCUCAGCGACUGGUAUUUAGAGGCACUCUGAGCAGUGGAAGGCAUUCUCUUCCACCCUGAGCCAGGAAAGCGAACCUUGUUGGUGAUGUGAACCUGGAAUUUCUUGUGCCACGGUUGAGAACAAUGCUGCUAAACCAGCCUUCCACAAAUUAAUGCUUCCAAAUGUUUUUAAGUGAAAUUCUCACCAUCCCUGGCCAUUGCCCAUAUUCGCUGAGGCUGAUACAGGUUGGAAGUCAUCAACAUCUGAAGAAUACACAGGUCCCCCAUGCAUUCGGGAGACCAGACACCCAUAUUGUUUGGUCACAUAUGUUCCAGGGCUUGCGAAUCCUAUCAGCAGCCCUGGCUGCCACCAGCCCUGACACUUAAGUGUUCCUGAUUAUUAUAGUGCUUGUAACUCCUGCUGCCAGUCAACUGCCACACCCUUCAGGCAGGGACUAAGUAACCCAGACAGUGUAAUUGUAUAGAUGUCUUCUCAGAAAUAAGUCCCACACUUAGUUCUAUGGGACUUUGUCCAGGUAGGUGUGCAGAGGCCUGCAGCCAAAGACUUGUAAUGAGACAGCUGUCCUUCUUUUUGUGACCACCCUGAAGUUUUGGGAUGCUGUCCUACAAACUGAUUGGCUUUCUCUUUUGCAUGGAAUUUCCAGAACAUCAUUGGAGAUAAAGGAGUACCUAAGGCUGCAUUCAGACAGCACUUUGCUCCAUUUUCCUGUCGUUUCCGUAACUGUUGAUUUCCAUGUUUUAUGUGAUCUUUCACAUGAAGUAAAAGCCACUUUUGGAAAAAGAAGCGGAAUCUAGAAGAAAUUUAGUGCCUUUUCCUUCUUAUUUGGUUCCAGCAAGAUUUUAUUUGCAGCCAUGUUAACCCAGGAAAUUGCAUACAUUUCCUACUUGCCAUUUAAAAUUUAGGCCACCCCAAGUCUCUGCACAUGCAUCGUGAAUAUGGUUGGGAAUAGAUAACAAACAGUUUGCAGAGCAGAAUGCUCCUUGCGGAACAGGCUAGACAUCAGAAGUGUUUUCCUUAGCUUCUUUUCCAUGUUGAAUCUCUGCAGGUCAGGCAGCUGUUAGAAAUCAGAGGCAGCCGCCAGCCAGAAAAAGCUGGAGACCCUCUCUGCAUUCCAGCAGCUCUCCCAUUUAACUGACUGUGUGAUCCUUGGAUAUGAGGUCAUGCUUGGCUAGUCAUCGAAAUGAGGUUGCAUUGUAGCAACACAAUCUGCCUUUCUCCCUAACGAUCACUUAAUGCAUUCUUUGGAACUGAACACCUUGUUCCUGCAGGGAAAGCUCAUGCGCGCUCUGAAAUGGAAUUACUUCCGAAGCAAGUGGAACCUGUUGGAACUGGCCAUCAUUUCCAUCAGCUGGAGCGCCCUGUUGGUGUUUGUAAGACGGACAAUCUUGGGCUUGCGGGACAUCAGCUACUAUCAGGAGCAUAAGGAUGAGUAAGGGCUCCCUAUCCUGCCACUUUGCAAACUCUCCAUCCCAGCAUGGGUAGAAAAGGGAAGAAUUUUUAAGCAGCCUUUGUGAUCUGUGGAAUUUGAUGUCUGUGAAUUCCAAUGCAAACUGACCUGAUUUGCAUCUCCCAAAUAUAAUUAUCCUUUGAUUUUGGCACUUGUUCAAAUGCUGCAGUACAGAGUUUGGCAUUAAAGAGUACCAAAAUGUAUUUUUUAAAAAAUGUAUGGUUUCAGAAAAAGGUCUUUAGAAAAAUGUGGCUUUAGAAUUUUUUGUUUGAAAAAAGUUUUUAAAUACAAGUUUUUUAUAUAAUUUUGUGGAUUUUUUUUUUAAACUGCAAGCUCAGAAUGGAUGGGAUGGGUCAUAUGAAAUUCACAUAGACCUUUUUUUUUUUUGCAAGGCGUUUUUUCAACUUUGUAAUAGCUACUGCUUGCAUCCAUAAAGAUUAUAUAAAAUACAAUUAAUGUGCAGCUCCCAGGUUUUUGCUCUGAGAGAAGCUGUCCAAUUUUUAAGGACUUAUGUUUCAAUUGGAAAAGAAUUGAUUGGUUGGCUUGCUCAACUCCACCUUUCCUCCAAGAAGCAGCUCAAGGAGACAAACAUGAUUCUCACCUGCCAUGUGAAGCAGAUCAGGCUGAGAAAGAAAGAGACUUGCUCCAAAAAUUUCAGUGAACCUUGUGCCUGAGCCAAUAUCUGAACCUACAGUAGGUCUCUUCAGUCCCAGCCUGACACUCUAACCACUACACAACACUGCCUCAUUACCGGUGCUAGCUGGGACUGGUAGAGCAGAGAGCAGGGAGGUCAAUGACAGGCAGUGCCAACUAAUUCUAGUUUAGGGAAGUUUUUAAUGUUUGAUGUUUUAUUGUGCUUUUAUAUUCUGUUGGGGCUGCCCAGAGUGGCUGGGGAAACCCAGCCAGAUGGGAGGCGUAUAAAUAAAUUAUUAUUAUUAUUAUUAUUAUUAUUAUUCUCUUCCCUGGUGAGUUUUUAAAAAGUAACACUGAGACAAAAGAGGAGGAGGAAGCUGACAUCUAGAGACAGCCCCAGGACUGGUUAUAAGGAAGGAAAGAGGCAGGCAGGCAAGUAGGUGGAGGGUAACUAAGGUUGGUGGAGCCGUGCUCCAUGUGCCCUAACAGAAUAGCCUCCACUAUGUCAUAACAAUUCCCAUAUUCCUUCAGGUUUGCAAGCUUCAAUCAGACAGCGACUGUUGAUGCAGUUCUGGGCUACCUGAUUGCCUUUCUGGUUCUUCUUGCCACUGUGAAACUCUGGCAUCUCCUGCGGCUGAACCCAAAGCUGAACAUGAUCACCUCAACCUUGAGGAGGGCCUGGGGGGACAUAUCAGGAUUUGCAACUGUGAUUAUAAUCAUGUUCCUUGCCUACUCCAUAGCGGUGAGUACCCAUGUCUUCCAUCUAUUCCCAGUCGGUUUUCUGGCUUUAGCUCUCUCUCUCUCCCCCUGCCCCCUACCAAGCCUCCAUAAUUUGGAUUAGUUUGCUCAUAUAUUUUUUAGAGUCCUGUCUGUUAUACAGAUGUAGUGAAAAUGGUACCUUCCAGAUGCUGUUGGACUACAAUUCCCAUCAGCCCCAGAUAUCAAGGAUGAUGACAAUGAGUUCAACUUACUACACACUCGUCACCCUAAGGUCCCAGAGCAGGUUACAGCCAUUUAAAAUACAACAUUAAAACAGCUUGAAACAAAUUACAACCCAAAGGUGGUUUCUUUCGGGGGAAGUCAUGACUCUUAAAGUGGUAUGAGCACUUUAAACAUAUGCAGAAGCUGAGGCCUAAAGCGCAGGGGGCUUGUGAAAGCAACUGGCAGCAACAGUAAUUAUAUUUUCAAGGAGGGCUCAUUUCUCAGUUGCAACCUCAGCUUUAACCUAAACCUUCAUCUCUGCAGUAAAGAGACACCAACCGCUCCAAUACACCCUGUGUCUAAGCAGAAAAAUAACCAUGUGUAUUAUGGAGAACCUAGUCUGCGCAGUCAUCUCUGUCACUUGCUAACUGGCCUUGUGAUUUGAGUGAGAAACUGUUUUCCUCCCAUUUUUAUAAUUUGCAGACAAACUUGAUAUACGGCUGGAAGUUGAACUCUUACAAGACCCUGUUUGAUUCUGCGGAGACAAUGGUCAGUCUUCAGCUUGGAAUCUUCAACUAUGAAGAGGUAUGGUUUAUCCUUCAGAGGUUUUUUUCCUUGUAACUAAGGUUGAAUUAAAUUAAAUGAACCACAUAUCUGUUGUUUUAUUUAUUUAGCACCAUCCACACACAUAGUUUUUCCAACCCCAAUCUUAAACUAUCUAUAUUUUGCAAUGCUGUUCUCCAGCCAAUAAAUUUGUACAAAAAGCAAAUGCUAGGGUAAAGUGUGCAUGGCCAUGCAUCUAUCAGCAAAAGUAACAUUCAAAAAUGUAUCAUAUUAGGGAACAUUGCCUUGCAAACAUGUGUAUAUUAGGGAGAAAAUGCAUAUAAACAUGUGCCUAUUAUGGGGGGAAAUGCAGUAAAAUGCUGGUGAAUUUUCAGGACUUUUUUUUAAUGCAAACUAUAGUGGUACCUCAGAUUAAGAACUUAAUUCGUUCUGGAGCUCCGUUCUUAACCUGAAACUGUUCUUAACCUGAGGUACCACUUUAGCUAAUGAGGCCUCCCCCUGCCGCUGCACCGUCGUAACACGAUUUCUGUUCUCAUCCUGAAGCAAAGUUCUUAACCCGAGGUACUAUUUCUGGGUUAGCUGAGUCUGUAACCUGAAGCGUCUGUAACCCGAGGUACCACUGUAAUGCGAAAUGUGGAAAACUGAACUUAGGAAGAGAAAAAUGAGAAACGGAGAGAAAAUUAAAUGUACAGAUUCACCCAUCCCUAGUUAUCAUAAGACAACCUUCCUCAACCUUGUUUGAUUCCCAUCUCCCAUCAUCCCCAGCCAGCAUGGCUGAUGGUCAGCAAUUAUGGGAGUCCGAAACAUCAGGAGGGCAACAAGCUGGGAAAGGCUGUGGAUUGGGACUACUGUAAGUGGUUUACCAAAGGCUUCAUGAAAAGGCAGGUUUUGAGCAAAGCAAUAAAGGUGAAAUCACCUUUUGGGGUUUUGAAAAGCAGUUCUGGGUAUAAAGGGGAAGAAAGGACGAAAGUUGACUAAGCAGGAAGAGACCUUUGGACAGGUGAGGGUGGUGGAAAAGGAGGAGCAAAAGUCACAGGCAAUGAUACAUUGGAAUGGGAGAGGCAAGAGGGAACACAUUUUUUUUACUUUUCAUAAUGCUACCCCCUGCUCCCACUGAAGUACGGUAGUAUAACUUGUACAUAAAAAAACAGCAACACAUAUCUUAAGCAUUACUUAUCCUCAAAAUAUACAAGGAAGCACUCUCUUCAGUAUUAAGGCAGAGUGCAUUUGGGCAAACAUGAUGCUUACCCAAGACACCAGCAAACUGAAGUGUUUAAAUAAUUCACAAGUACUGUCCCUGAAAAUAAUGUUCUCUUCCCUGAAGAAGAUAACAAUAUCCCUUAUUGUAACAUAUAUGUCUCUUUCAGGUCUUGGACUACAAUCCCAUCUUGGGCUCCUUCUUAAUUGGCUCCUGCAUCAUUUUUAUGACAUUUGUGGUGUUGAAUCUCUUCAUUUCUGUGAUCCUUGUCGCUUUCAGUGAGGAACAGAAACAUUAUCAGGUUUGUCCACAGAAGUAAUAUGUGAAUUUCCACAUUUAAGGAUGCCAUCUGCCCUGGUCUGUACAUAUAUAUAUAUAUAUACUGGGAGAUCCCACUAAUCAAGGACCUGCACAGGCCAAGUUCAUAUGUAACAUUACUAAACCAUCGUUUAGUACUACGUACAGUGGUACCUCUGGUUAAGAACUUAAUUCGUUCCGGGGGUCCGUUUUUAACCUGAAACUGUUCUUAACCAGAGGUACCACUUUAGCUAAUGGGGCCUCCUGCUCCUGCUGCGCCACCGCCGCACAAUUUCUGUUCUUAUCCUGAAGUAAAGUUCUUAACCUGAGGUACUACUUCCGGGUUAGCAGAGUCUGUAACCUGACGUGUUUGUAACUCGAGGUACCACUGUACAUGGACAUCAGGCUUGCCUGCUCCCCUUCCACUCCUCCCAUUACUUUCAUUUUCAAAGAAUGUUGUCCUGUUUUAUGAACCAGGGAACCUGCCAUACAACUAACUGUGGUAAAUUUCAGAACAAGCCAGUUUCAAACUGUGGUUUGUGAUGCUGGUUUGUUUAAGUAACUGGUUUGUUUAAAGCCAGAAUUCCUGGUUCAUACAACAAAACAAACAGAUAAGUCUUACAGAACAAACAUAUGUAGAUCUCUGCCUACUGGCUGUGCAGGAGGAGGAAAGGGGAGAAUCCAAGCCUAAUUCUUUACUUGGACUUGCCACAACUCAUCCACAUGAGACUAAACCAUGGUGUUAGCAUUAAGUGUGGGGUCCUGGCCUGGUUCACAUGACACAGUAAUCCAUUUUGCUUCUCCCUAGACUUUUUACUCCUUCCUGCACUAAGCUAAGCCACGGCUCAGUGUGCUGUCCAAACCUCAUCUUGUGAUUGAGCUUGCUAACUAUGAACUAGAACUAAGAAUAACCCCCCAAUACAUUUUCCUGUUUGUCUUCCUUUCUUUUGGCAGUAAUUUUCAGUAUCUGCCUGCAGCCUAAUCACAUGCACAUUAAUCAGCAGGUUUACCGUAGUUUGGCUGACAAUCUACUCAUACUGAAAUUCACAUAUUCCCCUGGCCACACUACAGUUUACUGCAGUGUGCUACUACAAUGUUUAACAUGACUGUUUUGUGUUCUACUUUUUCCUGCCUGUAGUUCUAAUCACCACCACAAAUUCUACACAAGCCCAGGAUGCAAUUCACUGUUAUGUCUAUACUCAUACAAACUGUAUUGUGUGUGUCUCUGUGUGCUUUUUAGGCUUCUGAAGAGGAAGAGAUUGUUGACCUAAUGCUGAAGAAAAUUUGCAGCUUCCUUGGAAUAAAAUGUAAAACUGACCAUAAACCAGCCUCUGACAAAAAACUAGAAGAACCUGUAAUGAGCAACUAA